GUAAAAAGUCAGCGCCCUCAGCCAAUCAGAGCCCGGGGGGCUUGGCCUGCUGUUACACUUGUUUAAAUGCUGAGAGUUUAGCGCUGAGUACAUAGCAGGACGGCUGCUGGAGUGAUCUGAUAUUAACACUGGAAUAAGGGAGCUGAUCACUGGACUCUGACUACCCAGCACUGUGUGAUCUGACACUGCACAAUGGCUCUCAAAGUUUGCAUCGUUGGUUCUGGCAACUGGUAAGUGAAUAGGACAAUGUUACAUGUCACACAAUGCAAGAUAUUUUCAGGAGUUGCCUUUUUAGAUGAGAGUUUACAGAAGUUCAAUGUUAGCUCCCACAGAUAAUGUACAGUUACAGCACUCAUGGUGCUGUGCCAGCCUCAAGGCUGGCAAAUAGUCAUGUGAGUUAUGGUUAUGCCAUAGCUGAGUAUCUAGCCUUUUGCCCUGCCCUACUAAUACUAAAUGUGUUUUAUGUGAAUUAAACAAUGACCCUUAUUCACCCUGUGCAAGCACUGAUCACUUUGUACAUUGGCAAAGCUGCCAUGGGUUAUAUUAGGUUAGAGCAGAGCUGUCCAAUUAACUGUUUUGUUGCCCAUUGUUUAUUCAUUCAACACAGCAUAUAUCAUCUGCGAUGCCCUUUAAUAAAUACCGUGCUGAGCUGCUGGAGGAUCCUAAUAAAUCCUGUUCACAAACCAAAAGCUGCGUUUAACUAGAACUGUACUGUAUCUAUUACAGUGUGCGCAGUUUUAAACAAUGUACUUGUAUUGCCAUGUUUCUCACAGUAACAGAUCUCAAUGUGUUUAAUAAUAACCAUGUGGUCAUAGAUAGAGCUAGGACACUCGUCACGUGAUACACACUUCUCAUAUGUUCUAAAAACACGAGGUAUUGAAUGUACAUACUUAUCAUAUGUUCUAAAAACACGAGGAAUUGAAUGUGUAUAUUGCUUGGUUUAUAACUGAAAUCCAUUGCUUGUGACAAUCCAGUUUCAGAUCCAUAAAAACAUAGACUGAGCUAUCUUCCUCGUUAAUAUAUAGCACACUGAGAGCUGUCUGGUAGUAUCAGUUACAAAACCUUUACCCAUGAACUUUGCCCUUUUUCUUACCCACAGCCUGUACCACAAUGCUCAGUUUUCAUUUUGCCUGAUUAGCAACUUAAAGAGAAGGAAACUCUUCUAGUUCUUGGCAAAUGUAUUGUGGCUCUUACUGGUACAAGGGGGUCUAAGUCAGCAUUAUUUGUACAUGCUCAGUGUAUAUAGAGAGUGUGCCUGCUUUAUAAGGCAUUGAUUGGUAAAGCAUGUUAGGAGUAGCCUUUCUACAAAAACUGGGGAUCUACCUCUUACCCACCCCUGAUGGGGAGCCUGAUUGCCCCAUAUGAUUUUCCUAGCAUGUCCAGUAAUCACUUUACUGCAGUAUCUGAAAAGCCUUGUACAGGGCAAUUGGAAUUAUUAUUAUUUUAUUAUUUAUAUAGCACCAUCACAUUCCGAAUGUUUCAUUUUAGGAAGUGAUCUAAAGCUGUAAAUGGGACAAAUUAAAUAAGAUUUUAUGUUUAAGCAGAACAGGAAACUGGUCGUGAUGGCUAUAACCAUUACUAUCAAUAGCAUUCGUAUCGUAUAAUGGAGAUGAAAAUUGAAUUAAACUUUACGAGUUCAUUUUUAAAUGCUUUGUUUCUUUUCAACACAUUUUCACUAACUUAAUUUCCUUGGUUAAAAUGCUCUUUUGUAAACCUUAUGAGUACCAGACUGGUGAGCAAAGCAAUCAAUGCUCCGCAUCUCAGACACACUCCCCACCCACCACCCAAAAAAAAGAAACCCUAAACUAAAGCUUAUCAGCAGGGUUCUCUCACAGUAAGUUUUGUUAUAAUUUUACUUAACGCAUCUUUUAUGGAGGUUAAUGUGAGUAGUACAUUUUUAGCAUUGUCCCUCCGUUCCAGUGGCUUAUACAUGCUUUAGUUCUGAUUAACAUUUUACAAAUGCCAUUGUAAAGCACUAUGGAAUAUGUUGGCGCUAUAUAAAUGUCAAAAAUAAUAAUGUCUUGAUGGCUACACAAUGCAUUUUUCUCAUAGGUAAGAGGGCAUUGUGCCCUAAACAUUUUUUAUAUCUAAUAUUAAAUAUUUCUGCUCAAACUGUUACUUGUUCACACUGCCACUGGGUACCCCUGACUCAAAUUUCCAUUGCUCCAGGUAUCGUCAUUUUAAUAUACCCCCCACCACCCAUACCCUCUAUGAGCUACUCUUCCCGCAGGAGAGAGGUCUGUUACUCCCCCACCCUUCCAACUCUUCAUAUGGCUUUCCCUAUUUUGCCCCUUCUAGCACACCUUUCUAUAUUCCAAACUUUUUUUAUUCUGACGAUACAUCGGAUGUAAUUAAAUUAUGGAAUUUACUUGUAUUUACGAGAUCAUCUGGAAACCUCACAGUGAAUUCCACUAAAUCCAUAUGAAUGAGACCUUAUGUAAAAUGUAUAUUUUAUCUUUGUAGUGGUGGGUGUGUCAGGAUAAAAAAAUUUAUUUUCCUAAAAAGGCUCUCUCAAAUAAAGAAUAUAAAAAGAAUGAUAAUUGCUAGUUUAGAGGUUGAGUUAUGGUGGAAUAAGGUCAAACAGGGAAGCCACUCACAUGUCGAACAGCGGAAUUUUAUUUUCUUGGUUUUAAUGUUUGUUUUGAUAUAAGCUGUAGAUAGUAGUGUAAACCGAUGAGGGAGAAACAGGAUAAACAUAACAGCGCCAAGGCCAAGUGUAUGCUGAACAUUUCACAAUACAGACACUUUCCAAGCACCAUAACCACUAGCAUGUAUGCUGCUAGAUGGUUAUGCGCGCAGUGACUGUUUUUUUGUGCUUUGAAUAUAACCACUAGAUGCAUCGGUAAGCGAAGUCAUUUACGUAACAUUAUCUGUACAAAUAUUUGGAUGGCCUUUGUACAUCAUAGAAUGAUAGGGGAAGGGUGUCUAAUGCUGGGAAAUCCUACAAUUCAUGUUGAAUAAUUUGAAAUAGGUGGUUGUAGAACUUAGUAUCUAUUAAACUUUUAAAACAGCCCAUAUUGUCAAAGGAAUAAUCUAGGUAUUAAAGGUGCAUCCUGCAAUAAAUCCUCUCCAUUCCGUUGGGUAAUUAUUUAUUGCAAAAUUAAAUAUUUUUUCUGUUGAAACUUUAAAGGAACACUCCGAAACAACGGUUGUUAUGGUGGCAGAAGUACUCUGGUGCCCACCCCACCCAGUGUAAGUAACCAGUAUAAGUAAUAAAACUGGUCAAUAACCAUUUGACUUCAUAACUGGAGUCUGAAAGGUGACACUUCCUGCAAUCGAACUUAGCUCGGCAGUGCAGGGCUUAGCUUAUUGGCUGAGAGCAAUCCGCUGCACUCAGGAGCUCCGAGCAGGAGCUUCACCAAUGAUUGCGUUCUCUAAUUAAAAAGCAUGCAUCAGUUUGGUGACAUUGUCCUAGAUCUCUAGUUUCCCUCUGUGAGAUCAGCAUUGGCUGUAAAGUUGUGAUUUUUGCAAUUACUGCAGCUAUAAUAAACAGAUUGAGCAGGGACGUGGACCUCAUUAAACUUGUGCAAGGAGCAUAUGUGGUUAUGGUGCUUGUAGUGUCCAUUUCAUACAAAGGGCUUUUAUAUGUAGACAUGGGCAAGUAUGUAUGCAAAAAUCAUGUUAAUUGGCUACUAUAUGUUACUACUUUGAGAAGUCUUGCCUUAAUAGGCUAAUGGGGGAGAUUUAAGAAAAAAGAAAAGAGACCCCUUUGUUGUGAAAACUGUUUUGAUUGGAUGUUCAGUGUUAUCCAAUUCAAAUUCAGUUAAAUUUCCAAACUUCGUCAACCCUCAGUCUCCAAACGUUCUGAGGCAAUAAAAAUAAUAUGUACAUGUUCAAUGGUGUUUUUUUAAACGUUACUUGGAUUAGAAGAUGUCAUUUAUAGACAGAGUAACGUGUUGCAGAGCUCAUAAAUAUUUUAUAGGGAUUAUAGAUUUAGAAAUCUUAAUUGCAGCAAUGUAGUUCUUACAGUGGUGUGCUUGCAGGCAUCAUGUUAGUUUAUUUUUUUGCUAGGGAGGGGACGAGUCAGCAAGAGAAGGUGGUUUCUUUGCAGUAUCAUAAUAUUUUAAAAACUGCUUGUGUCUUGUCUUGAUUAUUUAAAAUUUUUUUUUAGAAAAUUGGCUCAGCAUUUCUUUUUUAAUUACAAAUAAGAGAGAAUUACAGCUAUUAGAAUGUCAGUUUUUAUAUAAAUGUCUUUAUAGCAGGAUUAUGGAACCUAAUCAGCUCAGAUUUUUAAAUACUAGGUUCUGAUUGUCGCACACAUGCUACGUAUUUUACUUUGAAUCCUUUAAUAAGCUAAGAGUGAGUAGUAAAAGGAAAGGGGGAAAUGGAACAGUACUACGUUUCUAUAGGGAAGGCAGCACACCUAAACGGGUAAAUUCUCUCCUAAUAACCCCAAAGGAAUAAUAGAAAUAAAAAACAAUAGGGUGCACCAAGGGGUAAGGGAUAAAAUAGAUAUUGAUAAGACAAUAAAAGUUGAGCAAAAUAUACACUGUCCUAUGAUGAUAUAAAACCGUGAAUAUAAAAAUACAGACAAAAAGUCCAAGAUAAAGUCUAAUUUACAAUAGUAAGUUUGAUAGGGUUUGCUUGUAUCCUCAGGUUAAUAUACCGUCCAUAUGUUCAAAAUCCAGGAACAUAUAAAAAAAAGAGAAGAAAAGCUCCAGUGGUGUAAUACGUUCAAAAUAAGGUAAAAGCUGUAUAAAAGGAAAUCCAAAUUACCUACUCACAUGGAAGAGAGCUAAAACUAGCUCUAGUAUAUAGCGCUUGCAGUGGAUUUGAUCCUGCACUUCAGGGAUAUCGAUGGGAGGUAUUAACCAGCAGGUGUCUUAGCAGCAGGAUAUAUGUGAAAAUAAAAAGGUGCAACAAUAGUGCUCUCUGUAUACAAUAUAUUAAGCUAGGAGUAAAAAUAAUUUGGUUAUACUCACAUUUACCUGAGCAGAUAGCCCGCUCAGUAUAAUCAGCAUAGGUAGUAUAAUCCCCACCUGGGAUGCUUGGUGAGGUCCUCACUGGAGAGAUCAGAUCAGAAUGCCGGUAACUAAAGAAGGAAAAGUCUAUGGUAAAAGUAUGUAUGGGAAAAAUUACCAAAACCUUUAUUAUGACAAAAAUAAAAGUGAAAUAGUUCCACAACGCGUUUCACCCACAUUACCAAGUGGUAAUGAUGUACGUUUUAUAUCAUCAUAGGACAGUGGAUAUUUUCCUCCACUUUUAUUGUCUUAAGAGUGAGUAGUACCUUUAAGCAACACAGUCACUACUGCGCAAUGUAUGGUGUCAGGAGUCCCUGGGCGCUGUUAAAUUGUUUAUGAAUAGUUUGACAUCUAUCUUACUGUGCUUACUGUGUUGUGUGCCAACAGCCUGUAUGGUCUUAGCUGGUCCAAUAUAGGGGAAGUUUAUUUUUCCGCAAUAUUGUAUCUCCAAAUACCAGGUUUAGCCAGUAUUCAUUGGUUGAGAAGUGUCAGCUGACAAUGUUUGACACUUUUAAACGAUUUGACUUUUCACUGUCAGUAGGCUGUCCUGUUUAUAGUAUUUAUAUCUUCCGAUUAAAUUCAAAUGAAGUGCCUCUUUUAUAUGGGAGGGUGGCAUCCUUGCGGCCCUGCUUAUUUCUUUUGACUCUCUAUCAAACUCUGUGUAUGUAACUUUUAAACACACUUUCAGUCAUUUUAUAUGUUGUUCAGUAGGAAGUCAACUAACACCCUCACAUCACAAGUUACACAGUGGCACUACUGUACACACCUCAGAACAGUUGUGGGUUGCCAUGUUUGUCAUUUAGAGGCAAAGCACCCGUGUUCUAUUUAAGAAGAAUCCUGAUGAAGGAGGAAACUAUAGUUUAAUUUAACAUUUUGAAAAAAUGUACAUACCCACAGGUGAGUAUGCCAUCCACAUCAUGUCGUGUAGAAUUUUCAAAGGACCUUGCACACACAUUUUUUGGGGAAUACUCCCAGUAGUGUGCUCCAAAACAGGAUGGACCCCAGCCCAGACAAAUCCAGUGGAACAAAAAAAGUAGAUUUGGGCACACUCAGUAGUUUCUUCAGCAGGUACACUUAAUUGUGGAGUACAAAACUUUUGACAGUGUUUCGGCUCCCCUGAGCCUUUGACAAGUCUGCAACUACUGCUGAAGAAAUUACUGGGUGUGUCCAAACCUAUUUUUUUGAGCCACAUCAUGUGACCAUUUUAAAUGGUUUGACAGAUUGCUGUUGGCGCGCUGUUCUCUUUUGCCAAUUUCGUAUGGCAAUGAACUGGGAUAUUUAAACUUUCUCAAGUGGAAACGCUGGAUUUGACAUCAAAGGGAAACUAACAAGCUGUAAUAAAUCUCAUACUGGAGCGGUUUUAAAUAACAUCUAAUUAUCUCAAACAUAACCAUUAAUUUGGCAUGUGAGUUUCAACAAAUACAAAAAUGAGUAAAUUUUCUGUUUUCCCUUUGAUUAAAAAACUAAAUUUGCCCAAGUAGCACUUUAACCAUGCCACCAGCAGUGUAAGCUUGGAUGAAACCAAGAAAUACAAGAAGGGCUUGCAAUUUUAUUUCCAAGGCUACUAGCCAAUCCUUAAAAGUUUCUGCCCCCACGCAAGCUUUGGGAUCCAUAGCACACUCACCAAGAGUUAAUAUCUGCUAGCCCUGGGCUAAAUAUACACUCGGCAAUGGCUAAUGGCGAGUGUACAUUUUGAGCACUGACAUUAUAUCUCUGCAUGAUAGUUGGAAAAUCUGACAACAAUUUUCGAGAAUAACCUUGAAAGCUUUUUCUAAAUCUAUGCAACUGUGGUAAAUAAAUAAGUUAAUAUUUUUGGUUUUUUUUGUACUGCAUUCCUUCAUUCAGCAUUAUUCAUAUAAAAAAUAUAAUUAUUCUAAUACCAAGCCUUUGUUGUUUGUCUUUGACUACUCCAUUCUCGUUUUCUGGUUAAUUAGUAACCAGGAUAUGAAUAAUAUAUAAAGCACUUUAUUUACAUGCAUAGAGAGACCAUAAGGCAUUUUGUUAAUAUAUUCAGUCCGUCACUGUUACUGAUUGUUCACUGUUCACAAAAUGUUCUCAUUCAUAUUCCUGGCUGAAUGUUGGAAAUUGUUCUACCAGUGUCACAUGGAACUGCUUGUUUGGUGUUUGUUCUCAAUUUAUGCCCUGUUUCCCCAGGGGAUCGGCAAUUGCGAAGAUCGUGGGUGACAAUGCUGCUAAGCUCCCUCAGUUUGACAAUGUGGUGAAAAUGUGGGUGUUUGAGGAGUUAGUUUCAGGGAGAAAACUAACGGAAAUCAUUAAUACAGAGCACGAGAAUGUGAAGUACCUCCCCGGGCACAAGCUCCCAGCUAAUGUGGUAAGUUUCAGUCCAACGAGGCCCAAAGUGGCAUAUUGGCAAACAUGGAUAUAUUGAUGGUCUUCCACAGCUUAUGCCAAAUCAUUCAUUGCUCCUGCUUUUUGAUCACAAACAACAAGAAAGGCAUUAUAGUCCCUUUCCAUUCCGAUGAAACUUGAAUAUCUCUAGGCAGAGACUUUAGUGAGCUUGUGUAUUCAGUUACUGAAAUUGGCAGGGGAUCAAAAUUGCUAGGGAAGGAGGAUAUAAAAUUGUCAAGAGAGAGAGGUCAUGAAUUUAGCUGGCGUGCUAGUGAUUGUUUGGGUCCUGGUUUAAAUUGGUUUAUGAAUUAGGAGAGAUUUGGUAUUGGGGACACAGAGAGGAUAGAACAUGGAAAAUCUAUAUAGUAAACCAAGAUUAUGAUGAAGGAAGGCUACAUGUCAUUGAUGAUCUAGGAUAGCCUAUAGUAUUAAAGGACCACUAUAGUGCCAGGAAAACAAACUCGGUUUCCUGGCAGUAUAGGGUCUUUAGGUCCCUCCCACCCUCAGGGUCCCAUUCUCGCUGGGCACAAGGGGGAGGAAGGGAUUAAAUUCUUACCUUUAUCCAGCGCCCUUGGCGCUGCGGACUCUCCUCCCUCUUCCGACGUCAGGGCUGUAUGCGCAUACGCGGCAAGAGCCACGCGCGCAUUCAAUCAGUCCAUAGGAAAGCAUUUAUCAAUGCUUUCGUAUGGACGUCAGUGUCUUCUCAUUGUGAUUUUCACAGUGAAAAGCGCGGAAGCGCCUCUAGCGGCUGUCAGUGAGACAGCCACUAGAGGCUGCAUUAACCCAUAUGUAAACAUAGCAGUUUCUCUGAAACUGCUAUGUUUACAGCUGCAGGGUUAAAUCUAGAUGGACCUGGCACCCAGACCACUUCAUUGAGCUGAAGUGCUCUGGGUGCCUAUAGUGAUCCUUUAAUACAAUUUAAAAUGUAUUGAAUGAUGUUAUAUUAACAGAGAGGCAGAGCAUCAUUGUCCACGGUGCUAUUAGGAUGCGCUGACUUUGCCUGGAUUUUGUGACUGUGAGAGUUGGGGGUUGCGAUAUACAGAAUUAUAAUCUUCACCGUGUUACAUAAUGUGUCUAUCGCUGACUCAUCUCAAUAUUCCCACGUAAGGCCUUGUGGAGUCCCAGCAUUGGAUUUUGAAAGGCUCCUGAGAGAUUAUCUAAACCAACAAGUAGAUUGUAUUGCUCACUUAUGCAACAUGACCUUUAACCUCCCCGCAUAAAAAUAUCUUGUCAAUCAAAAAUCUGCAUUUUGCUUAGUUUACCUUAUAGUUAUAGAUCAGUGGCAGUGAAUGCAUGAAUGAGUGGUGGAACGAAGAGUUUGAUCUUCUGAGAUAGCACUCGGUGGUACAAAGUAUUUAGACUUAACUUACCAAUUUUUCAGUGUCUCCUUAGCAGUAUUUUUUGGGGUCACAGAAAGUCCAUACAUCAGCUCUCAUUUACAACCAAUGUUAUGAUCUGGGGCUUAAUUGUGUGACUGUAUGCCCCAUUUUGCCGACUUUAUGCCCCGGUUUGGCAGGUACAGUGACCCGUGAUAAUGUUACCUUACACUCUAUGAAACGGUUUCUUUAAAUCAAAUAUGAGUACUUUCCUCCCAAACACACCUUUAAUAUUUGACACUUUGAAAGUGUAGAAGUAGAUCGUCUGAAGAAGCGUCGUUGGGUAGAAGCGAAACUCGUCCAGAUUCUUUUUAGUUUUGUGUUUCGGUGUAUGAAAUGUAUUUAUCCCUUGCGCACUUAUUUGUUUAUGCUGCAGCGUGUAUCUAUUUUUGUACGAUUAAAAAAAGCAUAUACAAGAAACACGUUCAUGUUUAUCUUCCAGGGAGUAUUUAGGAGUGCGGUAUAUUUAACGUUUCAAACACUUUGAAGAUGGAUGACUGAAAAAUCACUAAAUUAAAAGAAAGUGGUUAUAGCUUGUUUAUUAUUAUUAUUAUUAUUACUGAAGAUAAAAUAUUGCAUGCAUUGUUGCCUUUGUGUGUAUUAUUAGGCAGUUAGCAAACAUCUACUAUCUAAAAAAAAAUGUUGUGUGGUGUUUGGUCUGAUAAGCAGUACUGCCGAAUUUCAACCUAAGAAGAGCAGGGGUAAAACAGGAGAUGCACUGAAAAAAAAUAUAUGUAUGCAUUACUAAAUAAUACACAAAGAGGUGAUAAUAUAUAUAAUAUGAUAUUUUUAAAAAGUAAGAGUUUACCUUUAAAUGCCCGUCCACGCUUCUCCUUUUCCCUUCUCUUAACUGCCUUCUUAUUACGUCCCAAAUAAAUGGUAAAUGCUACCCAAAACAUAAAUUAAGCAUAUUUUUUGUAAUCUGUUAAAUUGAGUUUGAGGUCCUAUCUAUACUGUUAACAGAUCAUACCUGGAAAGGUUUUAAUAAAUAAGUCAUGGUUUCAGGAUAACCCAAGUAUGAGUACUCUAUCAUGGUGUUUUACGAAAGUGAGAAUUCAAAAUUAAUUUUAAAGUUACAGGUCAGCUGACUUAGACAAGUUUUCCAAUUCAGCUAUUUUGACCUUAAAUUUGAAAUUCACUUGGAAUUCUCGCUUCAAUGAAUAACCCAGUAUGUGUUUAAUACCAGGAAGUGUGCUAUCAAAUAUUUUUGUCUCUUUCUAGAUAGCUGUCCCCGAUUUGCUCGAAGCGUCAGCUGGAGCGGAUAUCCUGGUGUUUGUGGUUCCCCAUCAGUUCAUUGGUAAAUUGUGUGACCAGCUCAAGUCUACCAUAAAGAAAGAUGCAUUUGGGUUGUCUCUCAUAAAGGUGGGUGUGAUGCGAAUGUUUGAGUUAUGUCACAAUGUACCAACAAUGUGAAGAUGAAAUCCUAAACAUGAAUUGAUAAAUUGAUUACCAACAGGUAAUUCAUGAAAAAAAGGUCACCUGUCGCCUCUCUGAUAAUCAAAUAAACUUUAUAAGAACUUAUGAAAUGCCCCACUUCUAUCUUCUUACUGUGUUCCAUUCUUCAACAUAGAACCACCCACCACUUUGACCCAUGGAUGCAGUGGUAGGAGGUUAAGAUACAAAUACCUUAUUUAUUUGUCAGAUUGUGUUUUGAGAUCAAUAAUACACGUUAUCCCUUUAGAUUGUAAGCUUCUUGUCGGAUGGGUAGUAUAAGAUGUGUAUUCUCUAAACUGUAAAAUUUGUUGCAUUGCAGGGAGUAGACGAGGGUCCCGAUGGACUGCGUCUCAUUUCCGAUAUAAUUCGGGAAAGACUAGGAAUCCAGAUGAAUGUUUUGAUGGGAGCAAACAUCGCCAAUGAAGUGGCUGAUGGGAAAUUCUGUGAGACAACAAUCGGUAAGAGACAUAGUUUGUCACAGUAGAUCAUUCCAAAACCCAUAAAUGUCAUACCUGAGUGCCAUCAAGUGAUGUGUCUGAUGUUUCUCACUGUGAAUAAAACCCAGUUCUCUAAUAAUAGGCAGUAAAAAUAAAGAGCAAGGAAAAAUCUUGAAGGAAUUAUUCCAGACCCCAAAUUUUCGUAUAACUGUGGUGGAAGAGGCAGACACAGUGGAACUAUGUGGAGCACUGAAGGUAGGAAAUAUGUUUCAGUAUUUAGGUGUGUUAGCUUACAUUCUAAUGGAAUAUAUUCACUAUUAUCCAGCAAUCAGUAUCUAUUACCAAAUUCACUACAACGUAAUAUAGUGCCUUAUGGCAGAGGUAAAUUUUGCAGCAGCUAUUUUAUAAUAGUAUUAAAGAAACACUAUAGGGUCAGGAACACAAACAUGUAUUCCUGACCCUAUAGUGUUAAAACCUCCAUCUACCCUUCCCCCUUUUGCCCCCCUACAUAUAGUAAAAUUCUACUUUUAUUCCAGUCUGCUGCUGCUGCCCCUGAUCUGCCUGCUUGGCUGACAUAAUCAGAAGUGGGGAUUUGAGCCAAUCACAAUGGUUUCACAUUGGAUUGGCUGAGCUUGUUAAGAAGGCAGAUCAGGGGCUGAGCCAGCACAAGUCAAACACAGCCCUGGGCAAUCAGUAUCUCCUCAUAGAGAUGCAUUGAAUCAAUGCAUCUUUAUGAGGAAAGUUUAGUGUCUGCAUGCAGAGAGUGGAGACACUGAAUGUCAGUCACACUGUGCACCACUGUCCCAGGAAGCACCUCUAGCAGUCAUCUGAGGAAGGGCCAGUGAAGUUAUCACUAGGCUGUAAUGUAAACACUGCAUUUUCUCUGGAAAAAAAACAGUAUUUAUUGCAAAAAGCCUGAAGGGAAUGAUUCUACUCACCAGAACAAAUUCAAUUAGUUUAGAGAUGUGUGGAGUCAAGGGCAAGGUACCUGACUGGGAUGCAGGAGACCCAGGUUCAAACCCAGCCAAACCCAAAUACCCAUAAUUAGUGCAUAGCACACUGGUGACCCUGACACUCCUAUAAUAAACAUGCAUUAACCCAAUUAUCCCUAGGCAGAAAAAACACAUAUUUCUAAAAAGUCCCAACCAAUAUAUCCAAAAAUCACCCAGAUCGGUUCAGAAAUUUUAUGGAAGUCACACUUUGACCGACCGCAGGCAUGGUCCCAUAGCCAAAAAUAGUUCCAUAGAAUCGCGGCUAAGUGCCGCUGGAGGACCAACCGGGAACCGCAAAGUUUUCAUGCCAAAAAUAGUUCCAGGGCAUUCACGGCUAAGUCCCCCUGCAGCCAUUAGGUCACAAACACUGGCCAAAGUUUGUGUUAAUAUUUGUUUGUGUGUGAAAAAUGCAAAAACUAAUUUGAACGCCAAUUUUCAUGCGUGGGAUAGGCAUAAGGCUAUCCUAGCUAUAAGAUAAGGCCAGGGACUAAUGAAAGUAUUUAGAAAAUUGGGCAGACUAGAUGGGCCGAAUGGUUCUUAUCUGCCAUCACAUUCUAUGUUUCUAUGGUGACUAUAGUGUCCCUUAAAAUGAUAGGAAUGAAUACAAGAAUUGCACUUUGACAGCAUGUAUUAAGGUUGGAUGGCAGGAAGGAAAUUAUAAAAAGUACUGCUUUACUGAAAGAGUAGUAAUAAAUGCCUUGCGUUUUAUGUACUAAAUUGCAAGAUUGCUACCUGAUUUACAAAUAAAGUAUUUUUAUUUUUUUUAAAUCUCUUUUAAUAAAGUUAAUCAUUAUGAGUUCGCAACUCAUAAAAACAAACUGGGAUAUUUACUAAAAUGGCAAUUGCAAGGAAUUCAAAUGGAAUUUCAAAUUUAAGGUCAAAAUAGCUGAACCAGAAAAAUUCUCACAGUCAGCUAUGCUAUCAGUUUGGCUACUUUGGCCUUCAAUUUGAAAAUCUUUUUAAAUUGCCUGCAUUUCUUACUUUGGUGAAUAAACACAGCACCUUACUUAGAUUGACUGAGACACUCGAUUGACCCUAAUUGAUGAGAUUAGAAGUUUUGCACGUUUUCACGGGCCCAACUUUCCAGUUUUCCUUCAUUGUGAAAGAUUUGUCUAAUUGCAAGACACUGAGCUGGUUAUACAGAGGUCACGUUGGUCAGGUAUUUCGAACAUACUGAGAAGAAAAUGAUGAGGUUAGAGCAGACUUGGUAGAGAUUUGGAAUUUAAAGGGAAAGUGUUAAACAGUUCUGUUUGAUCUUAAUUGUAAGUUAGUCUGCAUAAUUUAUAGCAUUAAAUUAAAUUGCAGCUUUCUCCUAAAUAUUAUUUAUAUGUUUAUGUUAACAGCGAGGUUUGUUUGAAAAAAACCUGUUACAAUUAAAAACAACUCCUGAAUACAUUUUUUUCUGCUUAUAAGUUAAUUACAGUUUUAUAUGAAGUUAGGGAAAUUUAAAUUCAGCUCCAUGAUUUGACCAAGACACUGGCUCGCAAUGCCUUUUCAAUCCCUCCAGCAUGUAAUUGGAUUUUGGUAGCCAACAUCCUCGCUGCUUUCUUUGUGUUUGUUCUGCAUGUCCCUCGUUAACUUAAUUAAAUCCUUUUGGAAAAAACAGACUCUAAAGGAGUUCAAUUGAAACUGUGGCACCUUGGUCCUCUAUUAUUCUAUUUAAGGAGUGUUAAUAUAUAGGCAAAUGAUGUAACAGCAUACUGUGUAUUCAUAUUCUAAACUGGGGCAUCGAGCACAAAGAAAAAUAUACAACAAGACAGAGUUUUAAUGGGUUGAGGUUAAAAAAUGGGACUGUACACAUGGAGCCCCAUGUGAUUAGGUGUGUUCCUCUUAUAGUUUUGCCAGGCACAGAGUACAGAAGAGGUUAGACACUUAUACAGUAGUAUCUAGGUGCAGAUAUAGUCAUAACAUUAUAUUAAGAAUGAAAGGAUGUACUUAAGUUGUGUAUACAUGUUUUAGUCUAGCAGUGUCAUUGGCAUGAAAUGAUAAAGGAUUGGGGGUGGAGAAUGACUGCCAAGCUGAACAGUCGCACUUCAUCUGAGCUCCAAGAAGACAAUUGAGAUUUAUUGAGUUGGAGAACUGUUUGCUCGCUUCUGUAGGCUAAACAACUACUAUUUAUGCCUUACAACUUUUGGGCUUGGCAUACAAGCAGUAUGGAGGUAUUACUGACCAGUUUGGGCAGUUGCUGUAGGAGCAACUUAAUGGCCUACUUGUGGACUACAUGGUGGCGCGGGUCUCUCUGUCCUUUGUCAAUCUGAAAGUUAAAGCUUCUGUCCCGAUUCCCCCUCCUGGACAGUAAGGGUUAUCCAGGCAUCUAUUACUAUGGGCUCACGUAGUGCGGGAGUCGACCGGUGCAAGGUUCAACACAAUAUGGCGAACGUCAUGCAUGUGUCAAAUCUUGGAGAUCUGCAAUCUAACUGAUAACGAAGCUGGAACAAAUCUUCACAGCUUUUUGGGCAAAACUAAGUAGCAGACGGAAACGUGCCGGGCUUGGGUUCCCAAUCCCUACUAUACCUCUACAUCCACAACAAAAUAUCCCUCAAAGUGUUCUGCUGUUAGUUUACCUAUGGACAGGGUCAUUAUGGCUCUCCCUGUAUGCACUCUCUCCAAUGAUGUCUUCAUUUUUAAUUGGUGUUUCUUACAAAAUAAUAUGUUGUGUUAAAGCUUCAGAAAAUGGCAUGUACCAAUGGAGUAGAGUUUUGAAUGAUUGCUUCCCAGAUACUCUUUAUAGGCAAAAACAUGAGUAUUCUUAAAAACCUCAAACCCGCCGCAUACAAUUGUGUUCGUUUAUUAUCGUAUUGAUAUUUGUAUGGUGCCACAGUGUACCCAUUUGAGAAUGGUUUGACAACUUACGUGGGAUCAGCCGGGAACAGAUCGCUGUCUCAUUUGAAGCCAGUACCUCCUGCAAGGAGAUUUAGUUAGCCCCAACGAACUUAGCAGUGCAGGCCCAGCUUAUAGGCUGAGAGCUUUAUAUUUUUUUAAUUACUCCAUAUCCCAGACUGUCCAGGUACAUCAAAGCAUACCAUGAGAACAAAUUAACCCUCUGGUGCCGUGUACGGGCAUUGUGAGCUGGCAUGCAUGCCUAAACCAUUUUGGUAGGAAUGCUUUAGUCUGUGUGUGUGUGCAGGGGCGUUUUAGCCGCGAGGCAAACAAGGCAUUUGCCUUGCGGCUAACCGACAUGCUGGUCGGGUGGGCGGGCGGCUGGCGAGGGAGCUCUUCCUCUGAGCUGUCUUCUCAGCUCCCUCGCGCGCAGCAGAAUGAGGCUGGGAGCCGGAAUAUGACGUCACAUUCCGGCUCCCAGCCUCGUCUGCGGCGCGCGAGGGAGCUGAGUGCUCAGAGGAAGUGCUCCCUCGCCAGCCGCCCGCCAGCUCCGCCCGCCCAGCAGCCACUGGACCCCCAGGGAGAGAGGGAACCCCCCCCCAGCAUUCCCAAAGGUAAAGAGGUUGGGGGGGGGUUAAAUAAAUUUAAAAAAAAAUGUUAAUGUGAGUGAGUGUGUGUAUAUGUCUGUUAGUGUGUGAGUGUGUGUGUGUAUAUGUUAGUGUGUGUGUGUCUUACUGUGUGUGUUUGUCUGUUAGUGUGUGUGUGUCUAUUAGUGUGUGUGUGUCUAUUAGUGUGUGUGUAUCUAUUAGUGUGUGUGUGUCUGUUAGUGUGUGUGUAUGUCUGUUAGUGUGUGUGUAUGUCUGUUAGUGUGUGUGGGUGUAUCUGUUAGUGUGUGAGGGUGUAUCUGUUAGUGUGUGAGUGUGUGUCUGUUUGUGUGUGUGUCUGUUUGUGUGUGUGUGUGUCUGUUUGUGUGUGUGUCUGUUAGUGUGUGAGUGUAUGUCUGUUAGUGUGUGAGGGUGUAUCUGUUAGUGUGUGAGGGUGUAUCUGUUAGUGUGUGAGUGUGUGUCUGUGUGUGUGUGUCUGUUAGUGUGUGUGUGUGUGUGUGUGUGUAUCUGUUAGUGUGUGUGUGUCUGUUAGUGUGUGUGUGUCUGUUAGUGUGUGAGUUUGUCUGUGAGUGUGUGUGUGUGUCUGUUAGUGUGUCUGUUAGUGUGUCUGUUAGUGUGUCUGUUAGUGAGUGUAUCUGUCAGUGAAUGUGUGUGUGUAUUUUAGAAGGUUGGGUGGGGGUGGCACGGGCGGGAGGGGGCGCCUGAGUUUUGUCCUGCCUAGGGCAGCACAAAACCAGGAUACACCACUGUGUGUGUGUGUGUGUGUGUGUGGAAUUUUCUGAUCAGAUGCAUAGUAUCAUGGAACACCCACCUUGCACAGCACCCAGAAGUGUUGCACAGGUAAGUGAUUUUUAUACUUGCCUCCACUGCACUCCUAGUCUCAGUAAGAGCUUCAGUAGGGUUUGUUGGGUUAGGGAUGAGGGAGUGUUACUAUCAGAGAAGUGUUUAGUGCUUUCUAAGUAAGGAUUAUACUAUUGAGACUGCCAUAUACUGAGCUUAGAACCACAUUCAUUGUUUUACCUUAUUUUAUUCCCAUAGUUUGUUUCUUUUGGAACAGGGUUCUGCGAACCCUGGCCCUUUAGAUGUUGCUAAACUACAACUCCCAUGAUUGUUUUAAUGAAAUAGAUAGCCAGGGAACAUGGAAGUUGUAGCUCAGCAACAUCUGGUGGGCCAGAAUUUGAAGAAACCUGCUGGACUGUGAGGUUUUUUUUUUUUUUUUUUCAAUUUGACAAUUUUUAUUUGUCUUUCAUAGGUUGAUGGGGUACAGAAGGAAAAGUGGGAUGGGGUAUACAUUAAUACAUGCAUAAUAAAAUGGUACAGAGGAGGUGUUGUAAUAUUGAUUAUUCAUUUGACACACUAGGCAUAUUUAGGUGUUUUUCUGUUGUACGUCUUACACAGUUGGUUGCUUAGUGGUCUUUGUCUAGGAACAUUCCUGUCUAGUGGUGGAGGACCCACUCCAUUAUGUUUCGGUGUCCGCUCUCAUUAUACUAGGGGGUGUAUAGUUUGAUUAUCGAGCAAGGGGAUCAUUAUGUGUCAGAUGUGACCCGAGCGUUGCAAUUAGAUUAGGACAGUUUCACCUUAUAGCGUGAGAAUCUUCUCCCCUAAAUUUGUUGUGUGUUUUUUUUUUUUUUUCAGGUUUGUAUUGUUUAUGCAUACAAUAUAGCGGGGGGUACAGAAAAGAAGAAGGGGAGGGUGAGCGGUUAGGGUACAUUAGUCAUCUUCAUAUUUAUACAUGUUAGACAGUCCUAACGAGCUUGGUCUUAUAUGGGUGGAGUUUUGUUACUAGUGGGGUGGGUCGGGGUCCAGCCAUUCGACCUGUGGUAUUCUAUCCUAUCUUGCGUUCCCUGUGGCUAGUAGUUGUCGCCUCAGUUGGGGGGGAGGUUAGGAGAGGUGGGUAUGGAGAGGGGGUGAGGAGGGUGUGUGGACCCGGCACCCUACACGUAUUGCUCUUGUUUCUUUGUCAUGCUUCAUUUGUUAUUUGCAGCGUGGUGCUUGGGUCUUUACCCCUCGAACUAUGUACAUUGUGGGUUUAUAUUCCGCGACGUCUUAGCGCUAGUGUAUUGUUUGGGCAAUUCCCAGAUAUCUCGGUCUUUUGUGGGGGUCUUCUGCUCUAGACCUCUAUUCUAGUGGUCGACCUGCUCGUCUUGCACUCUCCGUCUGGUGUCUCUAAGUCCAGCCUAUUUUAAUCUUAUCUAUAUCCCCUCCCCAGUUUUUGUUAUGUAGGUUUCCCACUCAUCUUUGGCUUGUAUGAUAUGUUUUGCUGGGUGGAACUGCUGACUAGUCCCUAUUUCGUAGGUCAGGUUAAGUGACGUCUGUUCUAUCAGGUCAGACUUAGUGGGUGUCUGUGUCUGUUUCCAUCUCCUGGCUAACAGGAGGUUUGCUGCUGUCAAGAUGUGAAAUAAUAGGCUUGCUUGUGGUUUUGGGUGGGAGUCCAGUGUUAUGAAUAGUAAGGCACAUUCUGGUCUUAGCUUAGUAUCGACUCUCAACGCUCCCUUAACUGUUGCCUCCACCAUAUUCCAGUAUUCCUUGAGCCUUGGGCAGGUCCACCAAAUGUGGUACAUUGUGCCCUCUCCUGCUAAGCAUCUCCAGCAUAAUUUGGAGGAGUUAGGGUAAAUGGUCGCCAGUCUCGUUGGCACCAGGUACCAUCUGUAUUGUAUCUUGCGCAUGAGCUCUAAGUGCGAUGCACAUCUGGAUCUGCCUUUGUGGGCCGUAAAAGCCAGGGUCCAUUGGUCAUCUGGGAAUAUUGUACCUAUGUCUCUGUGCCAUGCGUCUCUAAAAUUGUCUGUCUGUAAUUGUUGGUUGGAGUCACUGAGCAGAGUAUAUAGUAGCGAAAGUGGUUUCUUAGGCAUGGUCAUCGAUAUGCACGCUCUAUCUACACUCUGUGUAUGUUGCGGGAUGUUUAGGGAGGUGUCGUGUGUUAAUAUUCCCUUUAGUUGCAGGUAAGAAAAUAUCAUUCUUUGUGGAAGGUCGUACUCUACUUGUAGGUCUGGGAAGUGUCUCAGUUGUCCCUGCCUGUACAGGUGUUGGACUAGGGUACAUCCUUUUGUCAGCCACGUACGGUGGUCAAAAGCAGGGUAUGCUAAAUGUAUGCUAUAUAUGGGAGUGGCUAGCGCCCAGUCGGUGUUAUAUCCGAGCUUUGGCUUAGAUUUAUCCCAGUUUUUCAAUAGGAUAUCAGUGGUGGCUGGUAUUUCUGGGAGCGGUGGGCGUAGCCUGUGUGGUACCCAGAGGAGGUAUUUAAGACCUUUGGGACAGGUCCAGGUUGAUUCCAUUUCUAUCCAUUGUGGUGGGUUUUGGGCAGUGUGUGCUUGUAGGGCUGUGGUCAUUAGUGCUGCUCUGUAGUACCUCUGUAGCUCUGGCAUACCCAACCCUCCCUGAGCUAGGGUUCUAGUGAGAAUCUUCGUGGCUACACGUAUUUUUUUGUGUGCCCAGACGAAGUUAGUGAUGGUGUUUUGCAGCCGUCUCAAGUAUGUGUUUGGUAGGGGGAUCUGUAGAGUUCUAAUUAAGUAUUGAAAUUUUGGUAUGAGCAUCAUCUUCACUGCCGCCAGUCUCCCCACCCAUGACAUAUAUUUGUCUUCCCAUUUCUUCAGUGUGUCGCCUAUUUCCCCCUGUAGUUUGCCAUAGUUAAGGUCCAACAGACCUUGUGGGGUCUUUGGAAUCCGUAGACCCAGAAACGUGAGGUGGUCCUCUCUCCAGUCUAAUGGGAAUGAGAGUUUUAGGUGUUCUAUGGUGUGAUGUGGUAUCCCUAUCCCCAUAGCUUGGGUUUUCAUGACAUUUAAUUUGUAGUAUGAUUGCUCCCCAUAUCUUUCUAUUUCCUGUAGGAGAUUUGGUAGUGAUAUGUGCGGUUGUGUAAGUGUGAGGAGUAUGUCAUCAGCGAACAAAUUUGUUUUGUAUUCUCUAGCUCCUAUCUCCAAACCGUGGAUCGCAGUGUUUUCCCGUAUUUUGAUCGCCAGCGGCUCCAGCGCUAGGACAUAUAACAGGGGGGACAAGGGGCAACCCUGCCUCGUGCCAUUCGUGAGUUGGAACGGUUCGGACAGAAAUCCUGCGUUGAUUACUCUUGCUGAGGGCUUGCUAUAUAGGGCCUGUACCACCGACACAAACCCCAAGGGGAUCUCGAACUUGUGCAGCACUGCUCUAAGAAACCCCCAGUGGAGGCGGUCAAAGGCUUUUUCGGCGUCGAGGGAGACCAUCAGUCCCCCCCGUCGCUGAUUUUUCAGGUGGUGGAGGAUGUUAAUAACCUUCCUGGUAUUGUCUGCCCCCUGUCUUCCCUUGAUGAAGCCCACUUGGUCAUUGUGGAUUAUGUGUGGUAGUAUUUUUCCCAACCUGUUUGCGUACAGUUUGGCGAAUAACUUCGCAUCUGUAUUGAGGAGGGAGAUGGGUCGAAAGUUUUGCGGGAUUGUCGGGGCCUUGUUCGGUUUAGGGAGUGUGACGAUGUGGGCGGCCAGUGUUUCUCUAGGGAGUUCGCCCUUGCGGGCUGCCUCCUUAAACAUUCUGGCUAGGUAGGGCGCCAGUAUUAUGCUAAAUUGCUUAUAGUACUGGUUGUCAAACCCAUCUGGUCCUGGGGAUUUACCCGAUGGGAGGCUUUUAAUUAAGUCCCUAAUCUCCUGGGUUUCUAUCGGUUCAGUAAGGGCCGACUGUUGUUGGGGUGUGAGCUUGGGUAAUUUUACCCCGUCAAGAUAUUCCGCAAUACCAAGUUGUGUCGGGUGUUUUGUUUGCGCGUCCUCCUGAAUGUUGUAUAGUGAUGAGUAGUACUUUGCAAAUACUUCGCUUAUUCCCUUAGGGGUGGAGAUUUUAGUGCCUGUUUCGUCUGUGAGGUAAGAUAUUUUCUGAGCCGCCUGUCUUGUUUUUAGCCGCUGUGCCAGUAGUCUGCUUGCUUUGUUACCCUGUACGUAAUGGGUUAGUUUGAGCCUUUGCAUAUUGGAGGUCACUGUGGCUAACGCCUGCUGGUGUAUGAGUUUCGUGAUCUGGGCUAUCUUAGCUUUCGUCUCUGUAGACGGGGUGUGUUGGUUUAGUCUGUUCAUCUCAUACAGUUCUGCUUGCCAUGUCCUAAGUUGUGUUUGGCGUGUCUUUUUUAUGUAUGUCGCCCUACGUAUUAAUAGGCCUCGAGCUACUGCCUUGUGGGCGAGCCAAAGAGUGGCGUCUGUGGUAUCAUUUGUGUCAUUUUUCUGGAAAUAUGUUUGAAGGCUCCCCUUCAGGGAGUCUACAAAUUCAUCAUCCCUCAGUAGGGAAUUAUUUAUUUUCCACGGGCUGCGAUGUUUAAAAUCGUAAUUAUUUUUUAGCUCUAUGGUUACUGGUGCGUGAUCUGACCAUGUGAUUUGCUGUAUGUCACUAUGAAGGAGUUGGUCUAAUGCUGACCCUGAGAUUAAAAAGCCGUCUAUUUUAGAGUAGGAAUUAUGUACCGCUGAGUAGUGGGUGUAUGCCCUUUCUAUCGGGUGAGUGGUUCUCCACGCAUCAUAUAGAUGGUGGUCAUGCAGGAGUUUCGCUAUGGCUCUACAUUGUCUCUUGAGGGGGCGAUGGUGUUUCCUGUGUGGUGGGAGAGUUGUGUCUAGUUGUGGGUCUAUUAUGUGAUUAAAGUCUCCCCCUAUUACUGUAAUACCCUUUUGGAUUUGGUCUAUUUUGGUCAAGAUUUUAUGCAAGAAAUUCCUCUGGUUUGUAUUCGGGGAGUAUAUGUUGGCGACGGUAUAUAACAUGUCAUUAAACAGCCCCGUGAGUAUAAUGUAGCGGCCAUUCGGGUCUAUGUCAGCUGAGUGUAGUGCAAAUGAGACGGUUUUGUGUAUUAGGAUGGAUGCUCCCUUUGCUUUCGUGGGUGAUGUGGCGUGGAAUUGAUGUGGGAAAUCGGCGGUAAGAAUAGGUGGGUGGUCGUUGUGCUUAAAGUGGGUUUCCUGGAGGCACAGUAUAUCUGCCCCUAGGGCUCUAGCCUCCCUGAAAAGUAGGUGUCUUUUGACUGGUGCGUUGAGGCCCCUGACAUUAAGAGAGCAGAUCUUCACGGUGGUUUAUGGUAAUGGUGCUUAUUAAUUCUCGCGCUGCAAUCUAUAUUUUGAGGGGUCCCUGCUCUCCCUAGCUUUGUCGAGCUGAGCAGUGUGGCUCCCCGUGUGAUGGGCAUUGUCCCUAUUGGGCUUGUAGAACAGUCUGGGACCUUGGUCUUGUCUGUUGUUGGUCUCCCUGGUAUUCGCGUGGCGGUUUGUGAUGGGUUACCCACUAACCCUAUCUUUUGUUUGUUGGUAAAACCCCAAGCUUGUGGGGUAUAAACAUAGCAUAUAACAACAUACAAUAAAACAAUAACAUUAACAAAAGUAUUUACAUGAACAUACGUAUCCCUUGUUAGUGCCGGUAGAUCGGUUAGGCACUGCCUGGUCGUGCCUUGGGGGAAGAGGUUCAUUACCUCUUGUCCAAUGGGAGCUGUCUCCCUCUGCGGCUAUUUCUGUUUUUCACGUUGGGAGGUCCCAACUGUAAACUAUAGCCUAGGAACAUUAAACUGGUUGUGUGUACCAACAUGUUGCUUGUGUUGUUAAGUUUUUUGUUUUUUUGUUUUUUUUUUGUGUUUUCCCGAGUUAAUAGCAUUAUUUUGGCCCCGUUCCCUUGUGUCUAUUUUAGGUAUAUGUUAAGAGAAUGCGUGUGGGUGUCUCUACGACUGAUCACCUCUUAGUUGGCAGGUAAGUUAUGCUGACGUGGUUCGGCCCUUUAGUCUGGGUGGGGGCUAAUAGGCUAUUUUUCUCGAUUCUUUUGGUCCCUCUGUUCUAUAGUAUAGAUUCCUCCACCUGUCCCCUUGCUCAGUCUGGAGCAUUUAAGUUACCCUAUGGGUGUGAUGUGGUGUCGUACAUUACCCUGCCUCUCGGUAGGUAGUCUUGGGCUCUUAAGGUGCUGUAGAGCACUCCCACCCACAGUCUCUGUCUUUUAUCUCUUUUUCGCCUUCUUCCAGUCUUGUGAGGCCUUGGCUCGGUUUCUCCCUUGGUCCGUCGGUGGAGUGAUUUCUAUGUUCCAAUCCUGCAUGAUUCGCUGGCCGUCCUCCGGGGAUCCGAUGAUAGUGGUCUUCCCCUCUCUCAACACCAGGAGCUUGGUGGGGUAACCCCAUCUGUACGGGAUGUGGUUGUCUCUGAGCUGUGUAGUGAUGUCUCGGAAGUCUCUCCUUCUCUUUAGGGUGAAUGAGGAGAUGUCCGCAUAUAUGGUAACCCCUCUGUAGGCCGUAGGCCAGUCUUUCCGUCGCCUGCUAGCGUUAAGUAUUGCUUCUUUAGCGUGAUAAUAGUGCAUUCGUAGCAGGAUGUCUCUUGGAGUGUCUGCUGGUAGGAAUUUUGGUUUGGCGGUUCUGUGGAUUCUGUCUAACAGGAACAAGUCCUGUGGCAGGUCUGGAGCCAGUUCCUUCAGCAGGCCUGUAAUGUGGGCGGUGAGGUCUUCUGUUUUUACCUCUUCCGUGACUCCCCUUACUCGCAAGUUGUUGCGGCGUGCCCGGUCCUCCAUAUCCGCAAUCUUGAGGUCCUGGUUAUCCAGUCUUGUUACCAGCCCCUCUACCGUGUCUGCUAGGGAGUUAUGGGCCUCUGCCAUCUCCGAGAGUUGGUCCUCUGUAUGUGAAGUACGUUGGCCUAUAUCUUGAAGUUCCCUUCUGAGAUCUUUGAUAACGCUGUCCAUUUUCCCCACAAUCUUAUCUGACAUUUCCUCCAGCAGUUUUUUCAGAGUGCUGUGGGUCAGUGGGCUGUCAUUUUCAUUUUCACCAGCCUGGGUCUCUGUUUCCAGUUCCCCUCCAGCGCCAUCUUGUGAGUGCUCUGCCUGGAUUGAGGCCUUCCCCUGCCCUGCUCUGGAGGCAAAGAAGCUGCUCCUCUCUCCCCUCUCGCCGGUCCUCUUACUUUUUGGCUGGGACAUUGUGGCGGCGGGCGGCAUCAGGGUCUGAUCCGAGGCUAUAUUAUGCUAUUUAUGGCUCCUUUUUAGCCGUCGCGGCACGGAGCUCGAGCUACAUGCGGCUGCUCCGGUCCGCGUCCAGGACACGCCCCCCGUGAGGUUUUUUUUUUUAACAUAUACCUACUCCCUUGGAAAGCAUUACUUAAAGGCUUACUCCAAGCACCAUGACCACUUUUAAAAUCUGUAUUAUAAAUAGCAUUGCUCUCAACCAAUGAAUGUAUAGAGGGAUCAGCUUCCAGCGUCAGCUCUGCAGAACCCAGAUGCAUGUAACCAGGAAUUAGCAGAGGUCUAGGUGGGAACCAGGUAAGAGGCACACUGCUCCCCCAACACUGGUGCGUAGCACAAGGGUACUUCUAACACCAUAACCACUGCAGCAGACUUGAAAAAAAAUACUGUAUUCAAUAUAAAUGUACAUGUAAUUGACAUACUUCUUUCUGUUUAAUCUAUCGAUGUACACUUUUGAUUGAUAUCCCUCUAUUAAUCACCUUUUAUCAGCAACGUUUAGACUGUGUCUUUUUCAAGCAAUCCACAUAUGACUAUGGCUGAGUGUUCUUUCUAAAUUCAUUCAUUAAUGCACCCUCCAGGCUUGCAGUAGACCUGGCUAGUAGCGUAGGACAUACCUAUAUUACAUGUGUCAGGUCACCGGCAAACAACAUGUGUCUCUGUGACCCCUGACUUGUCUAUCUUACAAUCCUGUUAAGCCAGUACAUUGGGGUUUCAGGUUGCCAUUUGUAAUUUCAUUAUUCUUUUACUGUUUGUGCCAUUAAGCCAUAGCCACCUUUUUAUUAGUGCCAUUUAUUUACAUGGGCCAGAACAAUACGUGACUGCUGCCUGCACACCUUGAGACAGAGAGAAGCACGCAGACAAUAGAUGUUGAGAAUUCUUUCUUUCUCCAAUCAUAGUCACAGGACAGUGGGAGAGCAGGGCUAAAUGGACUCAGAACAUUCCGCUGAUUGCAAUGUGUAUUUUGACUUCUCAGAUUACCAAACUUGCUUUUGUUGCAGUUUCAUCCUGAUUGUUACUCAAGGUGUUUUGCCGCUGCGGUUUAUCUAAGGAUAGGGUCAUUCUGGCUCUAUCCAGUAAUACCUUCAUUUGUAAAUGCUGUUCCUUGCAAAAUAAUAUGUUGUGUUGAAGCUUUUGGAAAACGUAAUGUCAUCAAUGUCUGUGUUUUUAUACAGGACAAUAUUUCAGCUUGCUGAUAUGUAUCAAGUCUACUGUUUAGUAAUUUCAACCACUAUCGACUAAAACCCCCAUCAUGUUCAGGCAGAUGAGAGUUGCAGUCCAUUCUUGCGUUAGUGUCAUAGUAGUCAGUGCCUGGACCUAAUGAGAGUUCAGCUGUGAUGUGUUGUUUUUGGCUCAGGGUAUGUAAAAGUGAUCCUGCUAUUGUUGGCAUUGAGAUGCUUUGAUACUGAGUUAAUGUUUAACCAAUUUGUUAGUUUUCAGUUUACUUCACUUUGCAUGUUACCAAGAAGUGUGUGCCUUUUGGUUUUUUUAGGAUUAGGAGUUAUAUUGGUCUCUUGGUCUGUAGACUAACACUGCAUGCGUUAACUAAUUAACUAAUUCUCUGAUGGCAUUGAAGGGACACUAUAGGCACCCAACUUAAUUUCAUUUAAGUGGUCUUGGUGUAGUGUCCCUGUCCCUUUAACCCUGCAAUGUAAAACAUUGCUGUUUCAGAGAAACUGCAAUGUUUACAUUUUAGAAUUAAAAGCCACUAGAGGCGCUUCCUCGAUUCACAUGGAAUUUAACUCUGUGAAAUGACAUGAAAGUGUGUGGACAGCCGGUGUCCUUAAAAUCCCCCAAGGAAUGCUUUAAGUUAACGCUUUCCUAGGUGGAAGCCCUAAUGCACGCUCUCCGCGCAUGUACAUUAGGUUCCCGGAUCACCACGAAGUCGGAGGAGGUGGAGAGUAAAAAAAGUUGUUGUGUUUUUUAACGCUUUAUUCACCGAGGGAAUUGUUGCAGGGGCAGAAGGACACUAUAGUGUUAAGAAGACAGUUUUGUAUUCCUAGUGCUAUAGUGAUCCUUAGAGUUACAAAUGAGCCCUGGGGAAGUUGUUACAAUAUUUCACAUCUAGGGUUAUUUUCUAAAGUGAUAACUGAAAGUGAAAUUAAAGUGAAUUUCAAAUUCAAGGUAAUAGUAGCAGAUAUGUAAAACUCCUCUAAAUCAGCUAUCCUUCCAAUGCAGCUACUUUGGCCUUAAAUUUUAAAUUCACUCUACAUUUUCACUUUAGUAAAUAACUCUAAUAGUGUUCUGCAAGGAUGGGGAGGGGGUACCCUGAAUAUAAAAUAAUGGAAUUGCUUGUGUACAGAAAUAGACUGACAAUGUAUCUGUUUCAUAAUGCUAUUUACAAUACAGUUUUCAUUUGACUGGUUGGUAAAUAAAGCCCAUAUUGACUGAAGAUACUAUGUAAGGGUUUCCAUUAAGGAUGUCACGUGUCAUUAGUGUGACGCUAUAAUAGUCAAUGCAUCCGCAAGAAUAUAGUAUCAUUACAGUGUCACUCAAAGUGGCUCAGUUUUAAAUGGGAACUCACAUUAGUUUAAGGAAGUCAUUCCGAACGCAGUCCUCAAAGCACACAAACUGUCCAAGAUUUAGAUAUUUCCUAACUCUGUUCCAGUGGGAAUACUGGAAAAAAUAGAUACUUUACCACAUUAUGUGCUGCCACGCUACACUAGAAUAACUGUAGGGAUGGGGGAGCUUUGUGCGCCCCCUCCUAUCUGUCUCCUGGACAUUGCACCCACCGAAGCUGGUGCUCCCUAAGGUGCAGCCUUAUACCCAACAUCCUAACAUACACUCAUUGAUUGAUUGGUUAGGGUUGUAAGCAAAGUGUCUGGCUGAGAAACAUGUGAGUUACAGUCUACAUCAUUUUGAUGCAUAUUUGUUUUGUAGUGAAUAAAAGUUGUUUUCAAUAAAAUUCUGAUAUGUGUUUUAUGAUAGUAGUAAUAAAGAUAAAUGCACAACAGUCUUAGAAGUAUCUGUAAUUGGAUAAUAAAAGGUUGAGUUUUGCCCUUUUGCUUGUAUGGGCUCUGUGUGAAAUAGUGGUUUCACAGAUUGGUUCCACUUCCUGACCAUUCCACAGUGCUAUACUGUGCAGCUAAGAUAGACAGUGACAGAUAGGUUAACACAUGCAAACCUCAACCUACCAAUAUCGAUAUAGUCAUCUGGGUUUGUUUGUUUCUGAUUUUAACUGUUUUAAAGGGACAAUAUAGUCACCAGAACAACUACUGCUUAUUAUAUUUAUUCUGCUGAGUAUAAUCAGUCCCUUCAGGGUUUUUGCAGUAAACGCUGUCUUUACAGAGAAAAUGCAGUGUUUACAUUGCAGCCUAGGGAUACCUCCACUGGCCACUCCUCAGAUGGCUGCUAGAGGUGCUUCCUGAGGCAGUCCUGCCAUUAAGUGUCUCCACCCUUUGCAUCGAGACACUGAACUUUUCUCAUAGAGAUGCGUUGAUUCAAUGCAUCUCUAUGAGCAGAUGCUGAUUGGCCAGGGCUGUGUUUGGCUUGUUAUGGCUUUGCCCCUGAUCUGCCUCCUUGACAGUCUCAGCCAGUCCUAUGUUAAAGCAUUAUGAUUGGGUCAGAUAAUCACUUCUGAUGAUGUCCGCCAAACAGGCAGAUCAGGGGCAGAGGCAGCAGCUGCAGACUUGAACAAAAGUAUAUAUGUACUAUAUUUAGGUGGGCAAGGAGGGGUAAAGGGGGCUAGAUUAUAGUGGUUUUAACACUAUAGGGUCAGGAAUACAUGGUUGUGUUCCUGACCCUAUAGUGUUCCUUUAAGGUCAUAUUUUCAUCAAAUGCUACACAAGUUAUACUUUCUAAUCCCUUUUUUCUUAGUAUAUUUUCUACCUAAAUUCAGUGUUUGCAGACUAAUUUGCAGAUUUCAUUGUUACAUUUUAAAAUGUUAUGAGACAUUAAAGGGACACUAUAGUCACCAGAACAACUACAGCUUAUUGAAUUUGUUCUGGUGAGUAGAAUCAUUACCUCCAGGCUUUUUGCUGUAAACACUGUCUUUUCAGAGAAAAUGCAGUGUUUACAUUACAGCCUAGUGAUCACUUCACUGGCCACUCCUCAGAUGGCGUUUAGAGAUCCUUCCUUGGUCAUGUCUGCCUAAAAUGCAUCCAAACAUUCAGUAUCUCCUUCCUCUGCAUGCCAACACUGAACUUUCCUCAUAGAGAUUCAUUGAUUCAAUUCAUCUCUGAGGAGAUGCUGAUUGGCCAGGGCUGUGUUUGAAUCACGCUGGCUCUGCCCCUGAUCUGCCUCUUUGUCAGUCUCAGCCGAUCCUAUGGGGAAGCAUUAUGAUUGGAUCAGGAUACCACUUCUUAUAAUGUCAGCAGACUGCUUGUUUUUUCUGAGUCAAACAGCAUACAGAUCUACAGCUUCAGGCAUGAAUACAGUAAGAUUUCUAUAUUUAGGGAGGCAUGAGGGGCCCAGGGGGGCUAACACUAUAGGGUCAGGAAUACAUGUUUGUGCUCCUGAGCCUAUAGUGAUCCUUUAAUUAAAUAGAUUAAAGAUUUAAAGAUUUUUUUUUUAACGUGCACAUUUAGUUACUUUGCUGUCUUACAAAAUAUUGUGAGAUUACUUAGAACACUUUCUUGCAGAGAAUCAGAUCAUCUAGAGCCAUAUCUCUUGAGGUAGGACGUUUUAUUGAGAAAAUAAAAAAACGAUAUGUGUUUAGAAUUCUGCUGUUAGAAUAGCAAACAUUCCUGGUAAAAAAAUACUUAUAAUAUCAAAUAUUGCAUAGUAUGGUUUGAUUAGAGAGCUGUGACAUGCUAUAUAAAGUUAUUUCCCCUAUCCUGGGGCAAAGUGGUAAACAAGGAGCAAUCACCGUGGAAACGUACAGAUUUUCUCUCAACAUUUAGCACAUAUCCCCCAAAAUAGCACCCGUUUAGCCUUGAUAAAUCUCCCCACAUGUUGUCCGAGCGGCUAUCUGAAUUACAUUAAUGACCCCAAAGGCCAACCGAUAGUCUGCAAAAUAAAAUAUUACUAAGCUAUAUUUCUUAGAGUUCUCUGCUAAAAUCAAUACAGUUAGAGAUCUGAACACUGCUUAGGAAGUAAAUUCACAGCUGUGCAGCCUCUGAAGCAUUUAUAAAGAAAUUUAACUGAAUUAAGGCUUGUGACUCGCUUCACAGGUUAAAUGGAUUUGAUGUAGGCCUGUAAAAAUAGAUUUGAUUGUCCCGAAAGCCACACAUAAAUUGUACUUUCUGUACCUUGCUAUGUUUGCAAAGUGAUUAUGAAGCAAUAAUUACGUUCACAGAGAAGUAUCAUCAGAUGAUUUGCUUCAAAUGAAUUCUGCAAAACACAUUUAUUAUGCACAAGAUACUGUAGGCUGAGCAUUAGAAACAAACAGUUACUGUUGACUCUUACAGACAACUAUCAUGAUGGUAUAAACAGGCCUGUGUUUAUUACUGUAGGUGGAGAAGUACAAGUUAUUUCAUUAAAGGAACACUAACCUUAAAAAAUAAAAAUAAAUUUGUAUGGAACAAAUUACAAUUGGAUUUCCAACUCUCAUGUUGGCUAAAGGUAAAUCCAGUUAAAAUUCCGUUAUUUCAACCUAGUGAGUACAGUUCAUUCAGUACAAUCUGUAGUCUGGUUUAAAAUCAGUAAUUUACCUUUAUAACAAGUACCAGAUUUCUACUAGAUGAUCUGCAGAAUAGGUUUACCUGCUUUUUUUAGGGCAAAUUUAGUGAAAUCUGGACUAUUUGCUGCCUGGCAGCACAUGCAAACAGUGGACAAAUAGUUGAAAACCCCCUUGGCAGUGCAAAGUAACGUCCUCUCUUAACGCCACAUUCUUAGUAUGGCGACACAUCCAGUGAACUGUUUAAUACACAGCAACUGCUAGAUUGUUAAAGGACCACUAUAGAGCCAGGAAAACAUACUCGUUUUCCUGGCACUAUAGUGCCCUGAGGGCGCCCCCACCCUCAGGGUCCCCCUCCCGCCGCGCUCUAGGGGGUGGAAGGGGUUAAACUUACCUCUUUUUCCAGCGCUGGGCUGGGAACUCUCCUCCUCCUUUGCUGCAUGCGCGGCAAGAGCCGUGCGCGCAUUCAUCCAGUCUCAUAGGAAAGCAUUCACAGUGCUUUCCUAUGGACGCUUGCAUCUUCUCACUGUGAUUUUCACCGUGAGAAGCACGCAAGCGCCUCUAGUGGCUGUCAGGAAGACAGCCACUAGAGGCUGGAUUAACCCUAAUAUAAACAUAGCAGUUUCUCUGAAACUGCUAUGUUUAUAGAAAAAAGGGUUAACUCUAGCUGGACCUGGCACCCAGACCAUUUCAUUAAGCUGAAGUGGUCUGGGUGCCUAUAGUGGUCCUUUAAUAACCCAUUCCCUGACUGGUGUGUUGGUGUAUUAAAAUAAUAAGAAUACAGUGAAAUUUGUCUCUAGUUCCCCCCUAACACCUCUCCACUGGCCAGGAAAGAGCAACUGGGCAGCCAUUGUGGUCGGAUGGGCCCUGAAUUUCCAGCGAUAGAGGAUCAGGGAAUUGUCACAUUCCCUUCCCUCCACUCCACCCCCCCCCUCACCCAUUGACAUCGGAUGGGGUCACCAGCUUCCUCCAUAGACAGGCCAGCAUCUCUCAAAUAAGAGGAAAUCUAAUUGGCUGGUUUGAGGGUUCCAGGCAAUUCAUUUUGAAAAUAUCACUGAUAGUAGUGAAAAGUGAAUCAGUUAAUUUUUUUUCUUUUUGAGCAUUCACCCACCUUGUGCUGCUACUUGUCCCGUUAAGUCAUGCCCCCCACGCAAACCAUCCACACCCACCUUACACCUGAUCUCUUCCCUCUCCACUUUUUUAUUAUUUUUUGUUUAGUCACCCUUGCUUUUUUAUGCAAUAUUAAGAAUUAUUUUAUGACUGUGCAUUGUUAUGCUGGGAGUCUUGUCACAUAAUGGCCUAAUUCUAAUUCGAGUCUCUCUCUGUAACAGAAUCGGUUGCGCUUCCAUUUAAUGUUUGUUUAAUGAUUGUUUAAUAGUUCUACACUUCAAGUAUGUUCUAUAAUAUUCCUAUGAAUCACUUCUUCCAUUGUAAUCCAUUUUAUUUCGAAUAAGAGAGUAAAGUGAUAUAAUUCCAUGUCAUUACUUUGUUGUAUAAUCUAGUGGAACGAUGCACGUCAGAUGCAACUGUACUGUUUCUUUACUUACACCGUAUAUUGUGUUAACAUCUCAAUAUAAAUUUUCCAAAAAUGUACCGGAGUGAAAAAAUAUCCAUAGCAGCUAAAUGGUAUUUUUUUCCCCCAAGAACUUUACUUUAUUGUAAAUUUUGCACAUUGAUUUUUUAACAGCUCACUGCUUAGUAAGUGGACAAUUUGGCUUGCGAGAAUAGCUACUAACCAUAUUAUUAUUGUUUUUUUAGAACAUCGUUGCUGUUGGAGCUGGCUUUUGUGACGGACUUGGUUUUGGUGAUAACACAAAAGCCGCAGUUAUCCGCCUGGGUUUAAUGGAGAUGAUCGCCUUUACCAAGCUGUUUUGUGCCGGGCCAGUUACAUCCGCCACGUUUCUGGAGAGCUGCGGUGUAGCCGACCUCAUCACUACUUGCUACGGUGGCCGAAACCGGAAAGUUGGAGAAGCCUUUGCCAAGACUGGAAAAGUAAGGAUUAAUUUCAUUUUAUUUAUUUCUGAUGUAUUGGGUCAGGCUUUCGAUCCAUUUUUUUUUUUUUUUUUUAAAUAUUCUUUCUUUAUUUAACACUAAAAACAACAAAAAAGAACUCAUUAUACAUUAUACAAUCUUUAACAUGCAUUUAACAGCAAUAUUACCUAAAAGAUUGCAUUUAAGCUCUAAUAUCACCAUUUUGAGUUAUUCAUCAAUACAAAUUUUUACACACACACACAAAAAAAACAAAAACAUUUAAUACACUCUCCCCCCCUCUGCCUCUCUAUCUACCUAUACCCUUCCUAUUCGCAUAAACCUUCCAGGGUUCCCAGACCUUACCAAACAUAUAAUAAGAAUGUCUUACUCUAGAUGAUAAUUCAUCCAUUAUAUAAUUUUCUUGAAUCUUUAAUUCCACCUCUCUCAUAUAUCUAGAUUUAUCCAGCUAGCGGCUAUACAUCUACGUGCGGCCAAUAAAAUUACAAAUAUUAAUUUCUGUGAAUGGCAGGGUAUACCUGCUAUUGAUUUCGAUAGCAAAAAUUUCCAAGGAUUGAGUUCUAUAUUUCCCUGUAUUAUCACUUGAAUUAGCUCCCUUAUUUCCUCCCAAUAGCUUUUAAUCUUUGGGCAAUCCCACCACAUGUGUAAAUAUGUCCCUUGUAAACCACAUCCCCUCCAACAAAGAUCCGUCAGAUUUUUACCUAUUUUGUACAGAAAAACAGGGGUCACAUGCCACCUAAAUAAUAUCUUAAACAUUUGUUCCUGCGAGAUUACACAAAUCGAUAUUUUGGAUGCUGUUUCCCAGAUAUCUAUCCAAUCCUUAGUUUCCAAAGAAGAACCUAAAUCUGCCUCCCAGUAGGAUAUAUACUUUAAUGGAGCCCAAACCGUAGGUUCCUCACUUAGUUGAUUAUACAAAUCAGAGAUAAGACCUCCCUUUAACCUACCUAUUUUGCAAAUUUUUUCAAAAUUAGUGAAGGGGAAUUUAACUGCCGUUUUUACCUCCAUUGAAUACGCAAAAUCUCUAAUCUGCAAAUAACGAAAAAAAUCUCCUGUCCUCAGUUCUACUCUGGUCAACAAACUAGAAAAUAAAACUACCUCUCCUUCUGACCAAAGAUCUACAUAUCUAUAGAUUCCUCCUGCCUUUAAGCCUUGAAAAUUGUGUUCUUCCAUACCAGGAAUAAAUUGUCUAUUCCGAAAAACAGGGGUCAUGGGUGAAGGGAAAUUAGUUAGACCAUGUUUUAACUUACGUUUAUCCCAAAUGUGGAGGGAGUUUGCCGUAGAAAGGCAUAUUUGUUUCAACCCUGGUCUUGAAACCUUAUUCAACCACAUAUACAACCCUGGCGAGUCUGGUGUCAUUAAAUCUUCCUCCAUAUCCGCCCAUCUGUAUUUCCCUUGAUUUGCUUGCCAACCAACAAUUUGAGCCAAUUGGGCUGCAUAAUAAUAAAUAAUUAAAUUGGGGAGACCUAGUCCCCCUUUAACUCUCGGUCUAUACAAGAGAGUUCUAGCUAUCCUAUGUCGCUUGCCCUGCCAAAUAAAUGUGUCUAUAGCUUUCUGAAUACCCAAUAAGUCCUCUUUACAGACCUUUAUAGGCAAUGCUUGAAAUAGAAAUAAAAGCCUCGGUAAAAUAUUCAUUUUUAUAUAAUGAAUUCUGCCAAUCCAUGAAAUUGGCUUAUCAUGCCAAUUCUCUAGGUCCUUUUUCAAAGUUUUAAUCAAAGGUACAUAGUUGUCAUUAAAUAAUGCAUUAUAAUCGUAUCCAAUUUUAAUACCCAAAUAGCUUAGAGAUUUAUCUAUACUCAUAUCAAAUUUAGUUUUUAGCUGGUCUUGUUCUAUCUCAGAUAAAUGAAAAGGCACUCCACACGAUUUAUUAUAAUUUACCUUAUAGCCUGAAAUGGCUCCAAAUUGUUCUAUCAACUUAAACAAUUCAGGGAUAGAUUCAGAAGGGUUUGCUAUAGAGAUUAAAAUAUCAUCAGCAUAAGCCGCUGUUUUAUAAAUCUCCCUCCCUAUUUGAAUACCCUGUAUAUUGCCACUUCCCCUGAUAUGGAUCAGAAGGGGUUCCAAUAUAAGUGCAAACAAAAUAGGAGAGAGAGGGAAUCCUUGACGUGUGCCAUUGUAUAUUCCAAACGGAGUAUUAACUGAGCCAGGGAGCUGUAUUGUUGUUUGGGGAUUUGAAUAUAAUGCACGGAUUAUAGUAAUGCAAUUGACUGGAAAGCCCCAAUAUUGAAGCAAAUAAAAUAGAUAAGGCCAGGCGACCCUAUCAAAUGCCUUUUCUGCAUCUAAUGAUAAAAGUAUUGAUGGUGUCUUCCCUACUGCCAUAACCCAAGCAACAUUAACUGCUCUAUGUGUAUUCUCAUACAGCUGUCUACCUGGAACGAAACCUACCUGAUCUGGAUGAAUCAGAAAAGGAAGUAGGGGAGAGAAUCUCAGGGCAAGGACUUUAGCUAUUAUUUUUAUAUCAACAUUUAUUAAUGAUAUAGGCCUAUAAUUUCCCACUGAAGAAGGGUCCUUAUCUUUUUUGGUAAAAGAACAAUUUUAGCCAUUGUAAGGUCGGCUGGAAGAACUCCGCUUUGACAAAUUUCAUCUAUGACCUCUUGUAAAUAUGGCAUAAGAGUGUGUUGAAAUAUUUUAUAAUAACUACUACUAAAGCCAUCUGGCCCUGGUGCUUUACCCCCCUUAAUAGAAAAGCAUGCCGCUUUAAUUUCCUCUAAAGAUAUUUUGGUCCCUAAUCGUUCUAAGGCAUUUUUAGGGAUUUGGGGUAAAUUUAUCUUAUUCAAAAAUUAUCUCAGUCUUAUCUCCUGAUCUGUACCUUCUAUAUUCUCGUUUGGGUCAGGCUUUCGAUCCAUUUUUUAAUAUGACAUUUUUAAUUUUGAUUUUGUUGUUGUCAAAAUUGCUCCAUCUUUACCUUACUGUGGUACAUUACAAAGCAUCAAUGUAUUCUGUAGUGUUAUUCACUUUGGGAAUUAAUCACAAACAUGAUUAUAUUCUGAAAAUGAAAUACAAGCAUGAUUAGAGAGCAGAUAUAAUAUUUCAAUUUGUAUGCAUUACUAUGUGUGGACUUGAAUUUAAAAUUGUUAAAUUCAUACUGAAAUAGUCGAGCUGUGGCUGCGUUUGAAUUUAAUGAAUGUUUACAAAUCAAUUAUUUUGGCCAAAAUAUUGCAACUAGGUUUUCAGUUCAGUCCAAUUCACUAAUUAGUGUAUAAUUACCAUGUUCCCAUUCUAUAUACACAUAAUUAAAACCCCAGAUUUAUGACAUAUGGUUUGAUAUGAACUUUGCUAUUCUAAUCUUGUUAUGUAAUAAACUCGGGUCUUUUCCCCAGGGACGUCUGUGCAUUUACAAUGUUGUGAAAUCAUUUUAUGUUAUCGAGUAGAAUGUAGGUGAAAGUUGAAAGAGCUUUACAAAAUAAAGGAGCAUUCUUUUCUCAGAUUCACCUUCAUACUUGUAAAGAUCUCCUUGAGGGGAAACUCUAGGAACCACAACCACUUCAUCCAACUGAAGAGCAGUCUGCAGGCAUCCGAGAACCAUUCAUUUUAAAAUGGUUUAGCAUUGAACCAUAGAAUGGUACCACGGGACUUCAGGCACCAUAACCACUUAUGAAACCACUUAUGAUAUGACUUGGUUAUGGUGCCUAGAGUAUUCUUUCAAUUAACCAGACAGAUUUCUGAAAUAGCAGAGCAGAUGCAUUGGCCUUGUUAGUGUUGUCCAGUGCAUUAUGGGAAAUAACUACAUUAAUGCAAACAAAAUUUCAUAUAUAAGAUUCUACAGAUCUAGACCAGGGAUGGUCAGAAGGUAGACCGUAUCUUUUUUGUAGAACUAAAAUUCUCACAAUGCUUUCCUGGCCUUAAGGCUGGCAAAGCAUCAUGGGAGUUGUUCACCUCUGGUUUAGGGUGUCAUUGCAGUCUGGUUUUAGAGACCAUUAUCUGACAUGGAAUAUGUAAAUCAUUUAGUAUUUCUUGGGCUCAUGGUAAAUAAUCCAGACCCUCAAUGCUCUGGAAGGCUCUAUACGGGCUUCCAGAUUGUGAUAACAGACUAGCAUGUCAUUGGUCCCUAAGGGGUUCGGUUUCCCCCAAAAUACUUGACGUGUAUUCACAGUAAAUAUUUUUGCACUUUUCCUGUUUUGUUAUGAAACCUACCAGUUCUUGCACACCUUUUGCGAUGCCUAUGAUGUGAAGUAAUAUAAUUUCUAGUUUGUUCAGCGAGGCUGAGGUAAGUCAAACAACCUUUUAGGAGGUUAUCGUGAUCAUGGAAUGUUACUUGGGUGAUACUGGUCUCGAGGGGUGGCUUAACGCACCAUGUACCAGAUAACAAGAGCAUGUAAAACAUAUUGUUUGCCAAAACUUGACCAAGUACAGUGAGCACCUUUCACUGAUGUCAAGUAAACUUAGGUCAGGAGUCAUGAAUAUCCCGCUGGACCUGCUUUGUUGACACGUUAUUCAAGUAGUAAAAAUCUUUACAGCCUUAAUGUGUUCACUGCAUUAAAAUCAAAACCAUUUUGAAACGGUUUAACACUAAAUAAAGAUCCCUGGUCACUCACAGGCUGGCCCUGAAGGUGUGUCUAAUUGCACACUUCCUUCUAGCAAUACCUAUUCAAAGCAGCACUGGGUGAUGUGAUAGUAUGAAAUACCUGGCUAAUCACAGCUGUUGUUUCCUCACUAGCCCAAGCAGCACAGAGCGGAUGUGUAACUCUUUGAAUUUCCAAAAAACAUUAAUACAGUUUAAUACACUAUAAACCAGACACUAUAACCACUUCAAUAAGAUGAAGCUGUUACAAUGCCUAAAGUGUGCCUUUAAAGGACCACUAUAGUGCCAGGAAAACAUACUCGUUUUCCUGGCCCUAUAGUGCCCUGAGUGCCCCCACCCUCAGGGACCCCCUCCCGCUGGGCUCUGGGGAGAGGAAGGGGUUAAACUUACCUCUUUCUCCAGCGCCGGGCGGGGAGCUCUCCUCCUCCUCUCUUCUCCUCCUCUUCGGCUGAAUGCGCAUGCACGGCAUGAGGUGCGCACGCAUUCAGCCAGUCCAUAGGAAAGCAUUCACAAUGCUUUCCUGUGGACGCUGGCGUCUUCUCACUGUGAAAAUCACAGUGAGAAGCGCAGAAGCCCUCUGGCGGCUGUCAAUGAGACAGCCACUAGAGGCUGGAUUAACUCAUUUAUAAACAUAGCCGUUUCUUUGAAACGGCUAUGUUUAUAGAAAAAAUGGUUAACCCUAGCUGGACCCGGCACCCAGACCACUUCAUUAAGCUGAAGUGGUCUGGGAGCCUAUAGUGGUCCUUUAAGCUUGCAAAUUGCCAUAAUUCAGAUUAGCGAUUUAGCAAUUUGGAUAUUGUCAUUGUGAAAGUAUAAAUAAACGCUUCUUCUUUUAGUCCAUAGAACAGCUGGAGAAAGAAAUGCUUAACGGACAAAAACUUCAGGGACCACAGACUUCAGCAGAGCUAAAUCACAUCCUCAAAGGCAAGAAUAUGGUGGAGAAGUAAGUGUUGUUAAAACUGCCUAAUAUUGCAUAGUAUGAACAGCAUUUCACCUUUGUGUCAAUACUGGACAUUCUAAAAGAUGUUAUUUUGUUACAAAAUGGAGAAAAAAAACAUUAUAUAGUAUUAGAUCGAGAAAAUAGACGUUCCAUUUCAAACUUAGAUUUAUGUCAGCACCUACCCUCUGCUCCCCCAUUAUUCUGCUAUCCCUCAUUAUUUCUCCUUGAUUCAUCCAUCUAUUCUCAUAUAAACAAAGCCAGCCCUGCUUUUCUGCACUUGUCAUCCAAUGUAUUUAUCUCUCUGCCUGCUCAUUAUUACCCCCAAGAUGACCCAGUCACUCACACACAGUAGCUGUAUAUUCCUCUUGCCAUCUAAGGUUGCCGUAACCACCAUGUUUUCUUGGGCACAAAUAACUUAGCGGGUGUGAUUUUCUUUUUUUUUCUUUUUUUUAAUAUACUUGUCCAAGGGACUGAACUGGUAGCCCAAUCUACAUGUCUUGGCACAAAACAAUUUCAGUUAAAAAGAUUGGGCCCCGCGGCCAAAGGCAAUAAGACCCAAUGGAAACCCACUAUUUAUCAAUAUUAUAUGGGAUGACGAGUCCCAUCUACGAACUAAACCUUCAUGUUAGCUAUACCACAGACGUUUAAUGGCCCCUAUCCAGCUAGAAGAUACUCCUAGGCUAUAUGCAACCACUAUGAUGACAGGCGAAUCUUGCCCAUGCACUACACAGUCACUACCUGGCUCACCCAGAGGUGACACACUCACCCCUUAAUGUACGACCAUAAGAUGCAAAUGUUUGUAUAUUUAAUAUAUGUAACAUAACGAAGUUACCGAUACUGAUACUAUACUACCUUCUAAUUGUUAAUAUUGUUUCGGUUCUCAUUCCUUUAUAAUCAUAUGGCUGCUCCCAAUUUUGCGAGACAUGCGUGUCUCCUAUUUUGCCAUCCUAUCGUACUGUUGUACAUUUUCGAUGACACAAAUAAAAGCAGUUUGAAACAAAAAAAAAAAGAUUGGGCCCGCUGCCAAUAUCCCUGGACAUUGAUGGGGUUCUUUGCUGAGCUCUGAACUUUCACAUGGAUGAUUUUCAAUGCUAGUGCAGCUUGUCCCACGCUGUCUCUGCCCACUAACAGCGUCUUGGUCGCCAGGAUAUGAUGUCAUGUCCUAGGCAUUGUGAGGAGCGACUGGCACUUGCCUGUAAACCACCAGUGAGCUGCAGCGUCCUGGGUGUGCCAGUCCGACUGUCCUCCUGCCAGAGAUGCACUCCCUGCCCGGCACCAACCCUUCCCUCAGUCCUGUGGCAGGGCUAAAAGAAUUAAAAAAAAAAAAAAAUAUUCCUGUCUGGCGCCUGGAACUGCAUGUGUCGGGCAAUAUAAAUUCCACAACCCUGAAUAUAUGAUAGUGUGCAUGACAUGAAAAGUGCUACCCUGGAAAUAUGUAGAAUGCAGAUCAAAUUAAUUAAUGAGAAAGGGAUAUUAAAUUAUGUGGCUUCUUCUCCCCCCCCCCCCUUCCUGCAUCUGAAUAAUGCAUAUAGUGCAGCACUUUUGUGGUGCUAACCAUCAGCAUGAAGAAGUUCUAUAUAUCUAGGUAAAUAUGGUAGAUCUGACAACCCUACUUCUAUUUGCUGCUAAAUGGGGUUUCCAUGUCAGCAGAUGCAGGGAUAUAGUGGCCGGCCUUCUAUGUAGUAAGGAAGGAGAAUACCAGUAAUGAGCAUGCCUAAUGGCUCUCUCCGAGCCUGUACACGUCUGUUAUACCUCUAACAAAACAUGGAUGCAAGCAUUACACAUAUAUACCUGUAUGUUAACAUUUGUCCAGCGCUGCGGAAUAUGUUGCCGCUGUAUAAAUGCCAAUAAUAACUAUAAUAAUAUUUAUAUAUCUGGAAGCAGAGAGAUGGUUAAUUUGUUAAAGCAGACAUCAGGAAUAAAUAUCAGCUCCGCAACUCAAUACAGUUAGGGAGAGAAAAGCCGGCAGCAUGAAUUACUGUGUACAGUGCAAGUGCAGCACUAACCCUUGUAACCCUUGACUGCUGACCCAGUGACCGGUCUGACCGGUAAUGUAAAGGGAUUAGCAGUUUUCUGACUCGGUAUGUUAACACGUGAUUUCAGAAUGAAUAAGCACAGUAAGAUCUGUUGUUACACUAUUGUGCUGAAGAACUUGGCACUUGGCAUUGUCAAGAUUCUUUUUUACAUGGGCUACUUUCAUACAUGCCUAAAUAGCUUUAUCAGAAUAUAGAGAGAUUUCAUAUUUAAAUGGAAUUCAAAUAAGGUCAAGGAUUCAGUCAUUGGUUUAAUGUGGAUAGCCAGGUAUAAUCCAUUCCAUGCAUUGUCUCUUGGCUAUAUAAUUAUUUGUUAGUGUGCAGUGCCAGGGAUAGACUGUGUCUGUUAUUUCAGCUUCUGUGAACUAACAUGCUGCUCGCCAAGGUUUGUGGCAAGUUUUGUCUGGCGAGUGGUAGUCCACUGCAACUAUCUGCAAUGCUUUAUAUUGCCUCUCUUGAAUGCUUUAAUAGCAUUCUUAUACAUAUAACUUAUUUUCAGCACAAAAUAACCCUAGCAUAUGGUAAACUAAAACUAAACUUAACUGUUUGAUUAAAGGGUUACUCUUACUCAAACCACCAAAACCAUUGCAGCCUGCAGCAGUGUUUAUCCUGGUGGGAGUGCCCAGCCGUCGUUCCCUGCUAAUGUGGUAAAAUUAAAAUUAUUUGCAACAGUUUGCCCUCUUACCUGGUCUUGCUGGUUGCCAGCCUGGAACUCUCGUUUGAUGUAUUGACUGAUGAUUCCCCAUGAUGCAGCUAGAGGUUGAGUGACUCCGAAACGCUACACAUACACACUCCUGGCACCAUGAAAAUUUCAAACCAUUGAAGUGAUCAUGGUGCCGGCAUUAACCCUUUAAUUGGGCUUUUAGCUGCAUGUUUCUUUUGCAAAAUGUUAUAAGCAACUGUACCUUUAAUUUAACAUUUUUCAUUGCAUCAGAAGACUUUUUUUUAAUCAGUUCUACUGUGAAGGAGUAAUGUGUUAAACCAUACUUCUAAUAGCUCCCUGAAUUUACUCAGCUUAGGCCACUUGGCAAUAAUUGGAGAAUACAGGUCUAUCUACCUGUAUGCUAUUUCUGUGACUUCAGAACAACUCUCACAAUUAUUAGACCCUGACCUAGACUGACUAAAUAACACGAUUAUUAGAACGUCCUAGAGGCUUAUUAAAUUAGCAGCUGUCGCCAGGCAUCCUUCAUCCUCAGCAGUGCCUUCACUUCCCUCCCAGAGAGGCACUGCUCAUUGCCAACUGGUGCUAAAUCUAGUAACAGCAGGAAGAACUGCUACAUGACUUUCUGAGACAAGACUUAAGGCUAUUGUGGGUGUUAAUUCAAUGCUGUAAAAUCUAUCAAACUGACUCUCUUUAUAUCGCUGCUAUUUUGCCCUUCAGAGUAUUUUUGUGACCGAGUCUGCCUUUGCCGGUAUAUAGCGUUAUAAAUGAAUCUGUCUCAUGAUCUGUCACCGUGUGGUGUUCAAACUAAUUCUGACAGGCUGCGCUGUUUCAGGCUGUGUCUCUGUGCUGUCUUAGGUCAGUCUGUCUGUAUGUAUGCUAUUGACAUUGUGUAAGUAUAGAAGCCUUGAUGCUUGAUUUAGAGCAGGCUUCGCCAAACUCCUGCCCUCCAGAUGUUGCUGAACUACAACUCCCAUGAUUCUCAGCCUAUCUAUUUCAUUCAUAGAAUCAUGGGAGUUGUAGUUCAGCAACAUCUGGAGGGCCGGAGUUUGGGGAAGCCUGAUUUAGAGGAUCUGCCUUAUUGCGCUCUUGAUAAAAUAGUAUCUUGGUGUUUAACACCAUAGACUGUAAGCUCAAAUGAGCAGGGUCGUCUUCAACUUAUCGUUUUGUUUUGUUUUUUUGUAUUUGUCCUAUUUAUAGUUAAAUUCCCCAUCUCAUAAUAUUGUAAAGCGCUACGGAAUCUGUUGGCGCUAUAUAAAUGGCAAUAAUAAUGAAGAAAUUCCAUUACUCUCUUUGGUUUCUAUGUAUAUACAGGUGUAUAUAUAAAUCUGGUAGCUACCAGUAGCAAGGCAUAUUGAUGCAUCUAUAAAGGCUUGUCACGUCCAAUUUGCUUUCCUACACAGAUGUCAUAUCUUCGUCCAGAUGGGCAUGACAUGUACUGUCCUGUAGUAUGUAGCAUUCCAAUGCUGUUGGAAUGGAGAAUUUGUUAAGUCUGCUAUGCUUCCAGUUUAGCUAUUUUGGCAUCACAUUGGAAAUUCACUUUGAAUUCCCAACCAUUCUGAUUUUAGUGAAAACCCUGUUAGUUUUCUUAAACACAACAGCUUUACAUAUUAAUAGAUAUUGGUUAUAAGAAAUGUUUGUUGUUUGUAGAAUUUAUGUGCUACAGGUAGGAAAUUAAAUGAUUAACCAAUCAGCAACAUAUGAAUACUGCCGUAGAGAAAUGAUGUGUGUCUAGGAUUACAUGGUGGAUGCGGAAGGAAAAUCAAUAAACUAAUCUAGGCUGUAACGUUUGGAUUCUUUUUUGACUUACAAAGAUGUCUAUCCUGACACGGUAAGACUACAUAUAACAGGGCAGAACUUUUCAUGUGUUGCUCAUCAGCAUAUAGAGGAACUAGGAAAUCUGGUGGAUCUGAUAUUUGAAAACUAUGUUAAAGGUUUACUUCAAUCUCCAUGACCACUUCAAUGUUUUUAAGUGAUCCUGGUGCCUGGAGUCUGCAUGUGCAGCGUAUAAAGCUUAAAGGGACACUGUAUUCACUAUAACCACUUUGUCUCUUUGAAUUGGUUAUAGUGCCUGGAGUGCCCUGACACUGUCCCUCCAUUCAGUGUUGCACCAUGUUUGUGCAGUAUGCCACAAAAUAAGAGUCCCUGGCCACCCACAGUCCGGCCCCUUCAGUAUGUGUAGCUAAGGCAGAGAUUACACACUUCCUUGUUGUCAUACCCAUUCAUUCCGUCAGUUGGAGCUCUGACAGGUUAAAAGCAGUCAGCUGACACUCUCAGCCAAUCACAGCUGCCCAGGCUAAUACUUCCUUAUUAGCCAAAGCAGCACAGACGGGAUAGACUGCUGUGGACUCUUGUUUAGCAUUACAACAUUAAAGGACCACUCUAGGCACCCAGACCACUUCAGCUUAAUGAAGUGGUCUGGGUGCCUGGUCCUUCUAGGGUUAACCCAUUUUUUCAUAAACAUAGCAGUUUCGAGAAACUAUGUUUGAAUAGGUUAACCUACUAAUCCUCUAGUGGCUGUCUCAUUUUUAGCACUAUGCUUCUCACUGUGAUUUCGGGAGAGCCUUUAGCGUCUAAAAGCAUUGUAAAUGCUUUCUAUCUGAAUCCAGCUCUUUGCGGCGUCGCCAUUCAGCGGAAGAGCGGAGGGGAGGAGGAGGAGAGCUCUCAGCCCAGCGCUGGAAAAAGGUAAGUUUUUACCCCUUUCCCCCUUCCAGAGCCGGGCGGGAGGGGGUCCCUGAGGGUGGGGGCACCCUCAGGGCACUAUAGUGCCAGGAAAACAAGUAUGUUUUCCUGGCACUAUAGUGGUCCUUUAAAAACUGUUUAAUGCUGAAAGAAAUGAUGGUACCAGGGGACUCCAUACACUAUAACCAGUUUAAUGAGAUGAAGCAGAUACAGUGCCUACGGUGUCCCUUUAACCACUAGCUGCCGGAAGUGGGUUAGCUAAUGUAAAUUCUGUGCAAAAUUGGUGUCGGACACCAGCACACACAGCAUGAUGGUGCCAGACAGCCAUUAGAGACACGGACAUCCCUUCAUGCCACCCCGUACUCCCUGAUUCCCCCGUGUCAAGGGGGUGUGACAUCAGUCUGAGGCGAAAUCUAGGACUGGGUGAUGGAAUGGAGGUGAGUUUUAGUGUUUCUUUUUUAAGGUUUGGGUUCGGCACCUUAGUACAGGUUACUCUUUUGUGAAAACACAGUUUUUUGGUUGUUGUAACCCUUUCAUUCCUUACUUUUUGAGUCUCUGAAUUACUAUUAAUGCACAUACACCUUGUUUGGAUGCCAACCGAGGCCAUUAUUUUGAGCAGACCCUUAUUUUCCAUGUUGUGGGGUAGAUUCAGUUUCAUGAGAUAAUCUUAUCUCUUAUAAUUAAAUUGUAUUUCUCUUGCGUAAAUCUAUGGGAAAUUGCUUUCCAAUUACAAGGUAUAUGCUUAUCUCAUAUAAUUAAAUACAUCCCUAAUGGACGCCCUGAUAGCAAUACAUUUUGCCCUAGAGCUACCAUUUCUGUACGGUAUUUAUGACCUUGUGUGCAUAUUGAGUGUAUUAAUUUACAUUUAUGAAAUGGAGACCUUGCACUUUCACAAACCGUGAAUGUAGUAGCUAAGCCGUAAACGAGGGGGAAUGAUUUUUAAAUCAUUCACUUAGAGAUGUCAAACUGUUUAUCUUUUAUAUUAUAGUGAAUAAUCCCUCAUUGCCGUAAUUUGAAGAGGCCAGGAAUAUCAUUUACACAGCUCGGUUCUAAUUGAAGCAAUCACCAUGGAAACCCAUGGAAUGUAACUGCAAAUUGCUCCUGCUUUAAGACUUUGCUAGAGAUGCUCUUUUUACAAAUCUCCAAUACUGCAAUAAUAUGGGAAUUUAUUUAAGGGAUACUCCAAGCACCCUACCACUGCAAAAUGUAGUGUUUAUGGUGCCAGGAUUGCCCCCUCCCCAUCUCCCCAAUAUAAGAAUUAAUAUCAUUUAGUAAUGGUUUGCAUCCUAUCCCUGCCUCAACUCAGCCAGAAUCUCAAAGCUCUUAGCUAAGACUGGCAGUGCAGGACAUAGCUCACUGGCUGACAGCGAUUUCAGCCAAGUGAGCAGUCCUUACACUCCAGGGUUUAGUUCAGGUGAGCUAAAGGUCCUAUGCAGCAGCUUCCAUUAGGUGGGAAGUGGUGCCCAGCAAAUCCUAGGUAAGAAGUCGAACUGCUAGGGAAUGGUACCAUAACUGCUACAGCACGAUGCAUUGGAUAUGGUGUUUGGUGUAUUCUUUUAAACAACAAAUUGGAAACCAAAACACAAGCUAUAGGCCAAAAUGCAUGAAUAAUCAUUCUUCAACACCUUGGCCAUUUUGAAUAUGAAUUUUGCAAUUCUAUACAAUUUUUUUUUUGUGGGGGGGAAAAAAAAACAUUAAUAUGAAAUCUUUCUAUUUAUGGUAACAUUAUUUAAUUUUUUUUUUUUAAUUUCUCUUCCAGGUUCCCACUCUUUACUGCAGUAUAUCAGAUAUGCUAUGAGGGAAAGCCAGUCACAGAGUUUAUCACAUGUCUUCAGAAUCACCCAGAGCACAUCUAAACAGACCGCCAACCAUCAACCGUAUUCUGGUCCUUUUUAUUUUUUUUUUAACAUUGAAGUAGAGGACAUCUACCAUUUCUACUAUGUUUUACAGUUUUAGAAUGUACGCAGACCAUUUGCAAACAAUCUAUAAAAUGCGGUACUGGAAGAAUGGCACGUGGAUGUACAUUUCAAGAAAGAAACACUCUUUAUAUCCACUUGGUCCCACCAUUUGUGGCAUUAUUUAGUCCCUGCAUAGUGUCUCAAAGAUAGAUUGCAUCUUGUUUUGCAUACAAUAUUCAGGUGUUGGGUUCACAUGCAGCUAUUUUAACACAUUUUAUCACAGUAUAUAGAUAAAUAAAUAAACAUGCAUAUGGCAAUUAGUGUAUGUUAGAUGUCAAAACAUGAUUGUAAUAAACACCACUUUUAAUUGCAAAGAUUAGAUAUAUAGUGCUUUAACCCAGUAACCUUUGCCAGAGUUGUCUUAGCAGGACAGACUGCUGUGUGGAGCGAUAUACUUUAACCCCUCAUUACGGUAUUUGUUUUUAGAGAGAUUACACUUUCUUUCUGAUAAGAUACCGGUAUGUUUUUUUUUUUUAUUAUGGAGUUAUAACCUCUGUCCUCUCCACACAAAGGGCAGGGGGCACUCCCCGUAGAGGCCUGCUGCACCUUGUCCUCUCAUAGAGGUAGUGAAUUAGUAUUAAGAAUGAGGUUUGCGGAGUAUUUCGAUGGCACAAAUUCAGUCUAAAAGAUCAUUGUUCCUCCUUGGUGGAUAGAUGUAUUUCUGUUUCUGCUGUAUCUUACAACGUCACAACGUCAUUGUAUGAGCUAUCCUUGUUCCAGUGGGAUAUACCAAAGGUUUUGUUUUAAACUUAGCAGAGAAAAACAAAAAUCACCUCUGUAGUGUAAGUCAUGAAACCAUACAUUUUAUAAUUUAAAAAGCUUUCUUGUAAACAAAAACAUGUAUUUAUAUAUAAAUAAUAAAAAUGCCCCUAAUGUGAAUUAUUGUAUUUGUGUUUAUAUAUAGAUCUGUGAAAUAUUAAUUAGAAAAUGUUUUGCAGUCUCUUUGACUGAUGCUAACCCCUAACCAAGGAAUUGUCAAAAAACCAAAAAACGUGUUUAGGGUUUAUUAGCGAAGAAUACUAGAGGCCUCCCAGACACCACCUAUGUGGUAGGUGCAAAGCAACACCUGUGCAAAAAAUAGAGAAAAUAAAUAGACUUGGAUCCAAAAUAAUACAAUUUAUUGGUUCCUACUUCCUACUAAAGUAAAGGCAAUACUUUAUUUGUAAAAAUAUAUAUUAAUAUAAUAUAGGAUAGUAAGACAGGUUAGGAGUAUAAAGCUAGAUGUAUUUCACACUACAGAUAUAUGAGUGAGCUCAAUUAAAUAAACUAGUUAAUUUAGGAGACUUGGUAGAAUACCAGUCCAAUCAUUUGCUCAUCUAGCACCGUCCACUGAUAAAUUCUUUAAAAAAAAAAAAAAGAAGAAAAUCUGGAUUGAGCAGGAAUGAUGGGUGAAUCUCUAUAAGGUGUCUAACUUUUCAAGCUGUUCGUUUUUGUUGUGAUAGUGUUUCCAGUUGUGUAAAUUAUCUACAGGGUUAUUUGCUAAAGAGUUAGUUGUUGAGAAUUCAAAGUUAAUUUUAAAUUGUAGGCCAAAUUAGCGAGACUUGCUAGACAUAGCUGACUGGUAAAAGUUUUCCAGUUCAGCUACUUUGGUCUUAAUUUUGAAUUUGGCAUUCAAUUCCUGACAAUUCACACUUAAAGGACCACUAAAGUCAUUGUAGUCUUUACUGCAGACAGCACCAGUCUGGGAGCAUUUUUACAUGGGAAAGUGGGAGUGGGUCUGAAUCAAACUGGGGUUUGUAGUCCUAACACUAAAGUGUUCCUUUAAGUGAAUAUUCCUGCUUAUGUUUUUUUACUUUAAUAAGUGUCAUUUUUUGACAGCGUGUUAAAAGUCCACUGUACUGCUUAAAUACGAUUUUGGACAUGACAGUGUUCCCAUAAUUCUACACACCGGUAAGUGUUAUAGUUAAUAAUAACUCUAAAGUAAAGAUUCCCUUCUAUACAUUUCAAUUUUUCUUCGUUGAGGUGAUUUUGACAGUUAUAAUAGUAUUUUUAUUGUGCGUUUAUAUCUCAGCUGCUCGUCCCGUAAACUGAUAGUUAAGUGUCACGUCUUUCAAAGUCCCCACUGCAGGACACUGAGAAGAAAAGUAAUCUUUCUCUUUCUUAAAUGUAGUAAUAAAUGAGUGGGUGAUCCUCUUAGUUCUCCUGGCUCUGUGUGUGUUAAGGUGCUGGCGUGUGGGAUUUGCAGUAAAACCUGCAAUUGUGUUGUAUAUAUCAUUGACGGAUGCCUGGUGCGAUACUUUUGUAUUCCAUACAUUUUGUUGUGAUUGAGUUGGACUUAAGUUGUAAUAUAACACUGCGGGAGUAUUGUUUCUACCAAAUGAUCACCUCCUGUGAGUUCAUUCAAACGACUGAAAUGUCUGGGAUGUAUCUGGGAAUUAGGGCUUGUGGAAUUAUAGAAUACAUUCUGAAAAAUAAAUUAAGUGUAGGCAGGACGCUGUGAAAGCUGACUAAGCACUGUUGCUAGGGCUUAAAAUAAACUUAAAUCUGUCACAGGCCAAUCAAUAGUAACAUUGACUCCACACACACAGAAUGUAGCUGUAUUGUAAAUAGUCGGCAUGACAUUCUAUGCCUAAAGCAGUGUGCUCACUGUACCUUGUUACAAAGCCAUGAUAUACGAGCACACAGAAUGCCUAGGGCAUAGUUGACAUCCGCCAUUUUGUAUUACCAGACCAUUUUUCCUAUUGGCCAGUACUCUUGGCCAAAAUAAUAAUUCCAUAAAAGCAUUAAAAUAAAAAAUUAAAAAACGCAACCUGCUAUUGUUUUAUAGAUGUG